GUUCCAGUAUCGAGCGGUCCGCGGGAACGAUUAUAUUACGAUAACAAAAGCGCAAUAAACGUGUCUUGACAGAUGAGGCGCCGUACCUUAAACCGGAGUUCGGCACCGUGACGGCAUGAGUGCGUCCGGAAAGGACCCGGGCGAGGGGCCUAAAAGGCCUCCGGAAUCGCCCCAGAGUCCUUCGCAUAAAAAGCUUAGGGAAACCGUCAGCUUCUACGAGAAGGUGUGGACUGGGGAUAACAGGGCGGCCGGCACCCACGGAGAAGGCGUCUGUGUGGACGUCGAGGAACUAGAAAAGAAACUCGCUGAGGAAAGGAGUAGACAUUUCGAAGAGAGUGCGUUGGAAAAAGUGUCAUUAAGACACACGCCUCAGGCGUCUCCGAGACGCGACGUGCAGCACAGUCAGACGGUCGGUGCAGACGGCAGCUUCCAGGAAACAUUCACCAGCACCACCCAAGAAGGUGACCUCUCCACCGGUGCUCGUACUGUAAAAUUCGAAAAAGUGACGGUUAGGAAGACGGUGCGCCAAAUUACGUCGUCGAGUACUUCACAUUCCAUUAAAAAAGUGUUAUCGACGAGUCGAACACCAUCAGAGGAAAAAAUUGACGAUUCUGCCUAUGUAUCACAGUCCAACGGCAAUUUUGCAACUUCCAAGACAUCCAGUCAAACAUCUUUAACCGGAAAGUUUUCUUCAGAAGAAAGUCUUCGCAGAACUCCAUCCAAAGAACGAUUAAGGGACGAGUGGGACAGUAACAGCAGUAGUAGCAAGGUUACUAGUUCCAGUUCCGAGUGGUACAAUGAAUAUAGAACUCAAAGUAUACAAAGUGGGUCGAGUAAAUUGGAAUACGUCAGAAGCAAAUCUCAGUAUGAAGAGCAUAUCGAUAACAUUCGAGAUGAACAGGAGAGGGUUCAAAAGAAGACUUUUGUUAACUGGAUCAAUUCCUAUCUAUCUAAGCGAGUUCCACCGUUGAGGAUAGAUAAUCUGAUCGAAGACUUAAGAGAUGGAACUAGGUUAUUGGCAUUACUGGAAGUGCUGUCAGGGGAAAGACUGCCGGUUGAGAGAGGACGGGUCUUAAGACGACCGCAUUUUCUUAGUAAUGCAAAUACAGCUCUGCAGUUUUUGGCGUCUAAACGGAUUAAACUGGUCAAUAUCAACGCGAGCGAUUUGGUAGAUGGAAGACCGCCAGUAGUGCUGGGACUUAUUUGGACCAUUAUUUUAUACUUCCAGCUUCGUAAGGAAUGGUACUUUUGUCUGAUUGAAGAAAACAGCAGAGCUCUCGAAUAUCUUGCACGCUGGGGUAGUGCCAGCAGUUUGGAGAGCGCCGGUACUACCUCAUCAAAAGACAAAUGGAAGCAGGGUGCCAGAAAAACUUUACUCAACUGGGUAUCGAACGCUUUGCCGGACGAUUCAGGGGUAGAAGUGAAAGAUUUCGGAGCCAGCUGGAGGGACGGUAUCGCGUUCCUCGCGCUCAUAGACGCUAUUAAGAAGAAUCUCGUGAACAUUGCGGCAAUGAAAAAGGCUUCUAAUAAAGCCAGACUCGAAACAGCGUUCGACGUUGCCGAAACCGAGCUGGGUAUCCCGAAAAUCCUCGAUCCCGAAGACGUGGAUGUGCCGAAACCCGACGAAAGAUCGAUUAUGACGUACGUGGCUCAAUUUUUGCACCGUUAUCCUGAACCUAAAAGUACCGGUCCGGAUGCAAUCGCAGCUAUUCAAGAACAAUUCGGAGAAUUGUUGUCUUGGUUGCUUCAGAAGACUCAACACUUGGAGCACCUCGAGCAAACCCAUUCGCAUCCACUCAGCUACGAGACUUAUUUAGCAGUCAAAUCAGAAACCGACAAUAAAGAACUGACAUAUAACAAACUAAGAACUUUAAUGGAAUCACAAAGCGCCCUUUCCUUUUCGAGAGAGGGUUGGUCCGAUAUUACCAGAUUAUGGGAAAAAUUAAGGUGGCAGCUAUUUGUUUGGUUGUGGCAUUUAGAUUCCCGAUUGCCAGGCGAAUUUAAAGAAAUCGGCGAGUGGGUGGCGAAGGCAGAGAGAAUGAUUUACUUUGAUGAAAUUCCUACUUUGAUGAACGAAGAAACAGCCACUAUUAUAAGUAGAAAACUGGAAGAGCAUAAAGCGUUUUUCGCCGACUUGCCAAAUAUUCAACAGAAAUUUUCCCAAUUAUGCCAGACCCCUCUUGCCAGAGAAGUGCCUUCCGAACAGUUAAGUAAUAUGGCUGUUAGACUGAGUGGUAUUCCGCCUAAGGCUGCCCAAAGGAGAGUCAGGCUUAAGUUCCUUGAACACAAGUGUUGCCUUAUUGCAUUUUUGCAACUGACCGAAACCAAGCUGAAGCAAUGGACCGCGAAGUAUGGGCGUGUCGAUAAAGUGGUCCAGUUGCUGGAACAAUACAGAAAUUUCGUUUCCAAAAAUCACAUAUUCCAAGAAUUUAAUAAAGCGUUUCGUGAUAUGCAAGCGGUUAUCGAAGAAUAUAAACGUGACGGGGAUAUAGACAAACGAGAAAUCAUCGAAAUAGACAAAUUCAUGAGAGACACAGCAGACAGAUGGAAAAAUGUUUCGAUGGAAUUACGAUGCGUACAGAGCAUGUUGGAAGAAGUUGUUGCAUAUUGGCGAAGAUGGGACUCUUUAUCGGCAGAAUUAGAAAAUUGGCUGAGUCAAGCAGAUAAAGCUCUACAUCUUUCAGAAGACGACAAAAUGGAAUUUUUCCAGGAUAUUAGCGUUUGGAAAGACAAAUACCAGUUAUUAGGUGAAACAGUUAGCUUCCUGAUAGCGACGUGUGAAGAUAGCAUCUCCUUGCAAUUGCGGGAAGCGUAUCAAAACAUGACAGACCGUUGGAAUACAAUCUAUCCCCAAGUCAAUCAAUACAGCCAUGCGGGUGACAUCUUGCGAAAUAGAAAAGAUUUUCGAUCUGGGGUCGAGGUUUUAUCUAACUGGCUAAGAAAAGCAGAGGAGACUUUGAACACGCCAUCAUUGGGAUCUACAGAACGAAUUUGUAAACACAGAGAUAAUUUGAUGAAUCUACAAUCAGAAGUUGAAGAAAUAGAAAAUCUGUUUAAAAAUAUCAGCAAAGCCUUCCAGUCGUUAAUUCAAGAUCUUUCAAGGGAAGAAGUAGACAAAAUGAUGACCACACUUAAACAAGAGAAGGAAGCUUUGGUCAAAAUAAGAGCACUAAUUCCGUCACAAAUUCAUCUUUUUAAUCAACUUUUGAUUCAACAAGAGUCACUGGAAUCGGGUCAAAAAGAAAUCAAUGGAUGGUUAGAUAAAGCAGAGGCUUUGUUGAGCACCUUGACCUUGGAAGCUGAUAAGGAACAGCUUAAAGAACAAAUAGACAAAGUCAAGCAAUUCUUUACCCGAACUCUGUACUACAAAUCAAUGCUCGAGAGUAAGAACAAAGUGAUGCACAACAUUGUGAACUCUGUAGAUCAAACUAAUAAUCCAGACGUUGUCCAAAUGACCGAAAAUAUGGAGUUACUCAACGACAGGUUUGCUUAUGUCACUCAAAAUGAGCAGAUGUGGGAACAGAGGCUCCAAGAAGCUUUGCGUUGUUGGCACAACUUCACAGAAAGUCAAAGGGUCAUAUCAACAUGGCUGAACCAAGCCGAGAAAUUAAUAUCGGAAAAACGCAUUGAUAGCAAAGAAAUUGUCGAAGAGCAUAAGAACUUCUUCGAAUCUGUUAACGAGAGAUGGAUACACAAUCUAGUACAAAGCGCACAAGAUCUAUGCAAUUGUCUUCCCAAAGAGUUACACGCUCCAAUUACAUCUUCCGUGCAUCACUUACAAAAUAAAUGGAAGGAAGUACUAUCGUUUGCACCGCUGCAUCUUAUGAGACUUGAAUUUCGAUUGGACGAAAACACUUUUAACUAUUACGUAAACGAACUGGAAAGAGAAAUUCAAACUGAAAACAUCAUGAUAACUAAACAAGAAAAUAUAGAAACCAUUAUUAUUAGACAUAGAGAGUUCUUUAGUUCAAAAGGUCCUUUGGCCGAAACGCAUAGGAGCAUGCAAAAUUUAGAGAACGUGGCAAAACUUUAUUCUAAAAAUUUUGCAGAAGACAAGAGCAUUGAAGAAUCGGUAGAAAAGGCCAAGCAACAAUGGCAGAACAUCAACAUCAAAAUAGGGAAUAUCCAACAGCAGCUUGAGAAAAUUCCGGAAAAAUGGGAACAGUACCAUGGCAAAUUCAACGAAAUGGUCGAAUGGAUGGACACGGUUGACAGCGCUUUAAAGAACAUAUUGACGGAAGUUACUUCCAGUGAAGAGUUCGAUAAGGAGAUUGCCACAUUCAAGAGUAUCUGUCAGGAAGCCGACAGCAAGCGGGAAGACAUGAAAUGGUUAGUUCAGACACUCGAUUCCCUUGCGUCGCAUUCGCCCGACGACAAAGCUCUCGCCGAACAGAAAAAUCUAGAAAAACUAAUCGUGAGAUACAAAAAUCUGAUACCCUCCUUGGAAAUAACGAUGACGAAAACCGAAACAUUGUCAAAAUGUUACACUUAUCGUCGGGAGGUGCGCCAAAUCUGCGAGCUGCUAAGGCGAGUCAGAGACCAAUCCGAAAAAACGACGGUGCCAUUUUUUGAAAAACUCGACGAUUCCGUCAGGCAACAAGAACAGACAGUUUCUCAUUUGGACGAGCAAAGGCCGCUUAUUAUGACUCUUCUACAUAAGGGAAAAGAACUCACAAGAGACAUCCACGCGCCAAGUUUCGUAGCGGACGAUGUCAAAACACUUGAGACAGGCUGGACUGAAACGUACGAUGAAAGCGUUGAGAGACUGCAUAAACUUGUGAGCACCCAUCAGGUUUAUACGUCGUACAAAGAACAGAGGAACGAACUGAAGCAGCUCUUGGAGAGAGCGGAGAAAGAUUUACAAACUACAGGCGCGACAGCUUCGACUACCGAUUUACUCUCUAAACAACAGUUGGUGGUUCAUCUUCGCGAUGCCAGAGAAGGCUUGCAACCCUUAAAGGAGUUAAGUGCGAAGUUAUCCGAAAACGCAGCCGAACCACAAAGAGCAACACUUAACAACGAAAUCGAGGAGCUGGAGCGCCGUUUGGAAACGACAACGUCCAAUGUUCAAGAGCAAAUAGCAUUCUUGCAACAAUGCAAUACCAAAAUCAGCACCAUACAUACAAAGGUUAAUCAAUUAAAAAGCUGGUCACUGCAAGAAGCGCCUCAGCUUUUAUCAUCUGUCCAAGAAACUAGUCUAACACCGGAGGAUAGGGUUCAAAAAGCUCAGAAACUGGAGUCCGAAAUUGCUAGUAAAAUCACACUACUCGAUGAUCUUAAAAACGAAGCUUCCCAAGUGUUAUUCGAUGAAAAUCCUGAAGCUCAGCGACUUAACGCGGAAGUCGGUGCUUUACGCGAACACGUUAUAACGCUGAAGAAACAUGCCGAGAGUCAAGCCGCAAUUUUAUCGAAAGAUCUAGGGAACUGGCAAAUUUACAAAUCGAGUUUACAAGAAAUUGUUCCGGUCCUGCAAAAGGCGGAAGAAAAAGCGCAGAGUGGACUUUCUAAACCGUCCACUCUGGAAGAAGCGGUAAGAAUCCAAGCAGAAGCUAAGGAUUUCUCAAAAGAAUGCAAUACCCAAUUACAAAAAUUACAAAAUAUACAAAAUUUAGAACAACAAAUUGUAAUCAAAUCUGAAGCACCGGAUGAAGUCGACUCGAUCAGAACUAGACUGCACAAUCUGCAAGAAACUUCGACCCAAUGGAAUACUAAACUGGAGAAAGUGGUUAACCAUUGGUUAGAGUUUGACAAAAACGUGCAGCGACUAGAGAACUGGACGGUUACGAGCGAACAAGCUUUAAUCGAAAAUCCAGUUAAUGUAAACACACCGAACGUUGAAAGAUUAGAAAAAGAACUUAUAAAAUUAAAGCAAUUUAAUAAUGAAAUAUCCGAACAACAAGCCAAACUAAUAUCGCUAACCCAGAGUUCAGAUAGUAUUGCUUACAAUAUUUCGCCAGAAGGUGCUGCAUUAAUUAAAGAUCAAGUGCAAGGGUUAAAAGCAAAGGUUACUAACUUGGCGGAAAGCGUGAGAGCUAAAAUCAACGACGUGUCAGACGCUAUUCUAGCAAGACACGAUUUUCAAGCUAAAUUUUCCGACUACACUAAUUGGUUGGAAAACGUUGCCACCAAUUCCGCGCGUUUGGAUGAAGUUCCCGCAGACAAAGUGGACUCGGCCAUAGAAAGUAUUCAUAUUUUGCUUCAAGAGCACGCUGAGAAGCAGCCGCUGUUUAACAAAAUUUACAACGAAGUCAAGGAGAUCAGCAUUCAAGCGUCUAAGAAAGAAACAGAACCUUUGAACGAAGAGUACACUAACUUGGUGCGUUAUAAUCAGGAAACCGAACAUAAACUUCACAACAAACUAACUUCCCUUCAAAGAUGGAGCGAAUUGCUCAAUUGGCAUACAGAUGGUAUCAACCAACUAAAUCAUAUCAAAGUGCAAUUAGAAAAUGAAAAUUGUUCACCUGAAAAACUUCAAGAAUUGAUUAACGAGUCCGAUUCGGUCAUAGAAAGCAUAAUUAAUUGGAAGAAAGCUAUACCAACUAUCGAUAGCAAUCAAGUAGUUACCAUCUUAGAUAAACAGACAGGGUUACCUAUAACUGCCGAAAAUAUCGUUAGAGAAGUUGAAAUUCAGGCUAUCAACUUAAAAUCCCGACUUGGCAACAAACUUGACGAAAAACAAAAAAUUAAGAGCCAUUGGAAUAAAUUUAACGACAUGCAGCGAAACUUGUUAUCAGAGUUGAACGCUACAAAAUCGCAAUUAGCAACCCUAAAAGACAAGGCCAAACAUUCUAGCGAUUUGCCUCGCGCAGUAGAGGAUUUGGGCAAAUUAUUAGAAGCGCAAAUCGAAAAAGCGCAGCUCAAAGAUGAAUUGAGAAAAGAAGCUGUACAAUUGAUGCGGGAAGACAUUCAAAAUGUUUCCGUGAUACAAAAUGCAAUUUCUGAUAUCGAAAGCCACUGGAACAAAGUAAACGAGGACAUAAAGGAAGACAAACUACAACUGUCGGACAUUAUUCACGCUUGGAAUGAAUUUCAGGAAUCUAAAGAUCGUAUUGUCACGGAAAUAGGAAAGAUCGACAAAACAUUGGAAAAUUUGGAAGCUCCCAACGAUCUCAUUCAAUCCCAUGUAAACGCCGAUAAGGCAAAAAAAGCAUUGGAAGCAAUUAAGAAAACCAAAUCCUCUCUCGAUAAAGUCGACUCUAAAGGGCAAACAAUUAUUAAAAAAUCUGAUAAAAUACCGGGGAUAGAAUCCGAGGUUAGACGAGAUUUAAAAAUUGUUAACGAUGUUUGGGCUAAAAUUUAUGAAAAAAUUGUUAAAACUGUAAACUCGACCGAAUCUGAGGCCACUAUAUGGAGACACAUAGAAGAGACUAAAAAUACGUUACUUCAAUGGCUAAGUAACCAAAACGCGGCCCUUAUUUCGGCAUCUGAGACACCAAGCGACCUAGAUAAUUCUUCUGCCAAAUUAGCGAAAUAUAGAGAAGAGUUGCCGUCACACCAGAGGUUAUUUCAAAGCAUACCCAACAAAUACAAUCAGCUUCGGCAAUUUACAGAUGGCAAGGAAAUUCCGACAGUUCAAACCUUAAUAAAACUUUUGGAGGAUCAGUUCGAUGUUGUUGAGAAGAACGCAGAAAACUUAGAAUCUGUAACGUCAACCUUUGGUGAAAAGGAAAAAGGUAUUCGCGAAAAUAUCAAAAGAAUUGGAACAACUAUAUCGAAUUUGAGAGAGGAAAUAAUCAAAUGUGAAGAUUUCUCCGGAGACAAUGCCAAAAUUUUGGAAAGAUUGCUAACGCUUAAAACCCUAAGACAGCAACAGUUGGACGCACAACCUGAUCUGUUGAGAAUUAGUGAUGACAUCACAGAAAUGACGAAUGCUUAUCCCAAGUUUUCGGAAAGCAAUACAUUAAAGGAAUACGAAUCUCUGAAAAAACGUUACCUAACCAUACAGAAUCACGUAACGAAGGUAGAAAUUUCCCUCUCGUCGUUACUAAAAAAGUUUUACAACGACGGAUUCAGCGCGUUAAAAAGAAUAGUAUCGUCACAGAAGGAAAAAAUAGAGUGGUGCCUACCUGAACCUACGAGCGACAAAUACAAUUUGCAAGUAAAACUUAAUUCUCUUACGCCAAUUGAAGCUACCUUGGACGAAUGUGAAAAUCGUAUUGCGGAACUGACCACCUCUAUGCAGAUGUUGGCGCAAGUUGAAUCGCCUGAAAACAUUAAGCUGCUUAAAGCAGAAAAGGAUCACCUGACGCUGGACUUUAACAAUCUGAAACAAGAAUUUGAAAGGACUAAGGACAUGUUAGCUAAAAACAUAAACAUGCAGAACGACUAUGAACAAACAGCAGAAACUAUUUCGAGCUGGUUAAAACAAAUGGAAGGCAGGGUUAAAUCCGAAAGCACUGUCCAAAUGGACUUGGAUAAAAUUAACCAGAAGAGGGGAGAUAUUCAAAAACUUUACGACGACGUCCUGGCUUCUGAAAGCGAAAUGAACAGUCUAACACCCAUCAGUGAGCAACUCUUGAAAGCUCUUCCUGAAUCUAGAAUUCCUCAAUUUGUACAGCAUUUAAACUCUAGAUAUCAGUCUCUAGUAAAAUUUUUGUCAAAUUACUUAGAAAAACUGGACGAAUUAGAAAAAUACAACCAGCUUUACAGGAACAGUGUCGGCGACUUAGAAGCGUGGUUGGAUCAAGCCAAUGAAAAGAUCAAUUCAUUUUCUGAAAUUUCGCACAAGCCCAACCAGGCAACAUUGGAGAAACUCAAGAAAUUCAGCGGCGAAAAAGAAAAGGGUCAAGAGCUUUUGGGUAAAGCAGUAUCUCAUGGAGAGGCUUUGUUUAGCGGAAUUACACCGGAAAAUCGGGAAACAAUAAGAACAGAACUACGAACUUUAAGAAAUAACUCUGAAGCCUUAAUUGACAGACUAAACCAAAUAUAUAAGAAUGUAGAGAACGCGUUAACCCAACGACAUUCGUUUGAUGAUAGCCUCCAGCAGGUAGCGAUAUGGAUUAACGAUACUUCAACGAAGUUAUUGAGUGAACCAAAACUGGAUGCAAGUUUGCCAGAUAAAAAGCAAACCCUUUACAGUUACAAAGUAUUGGGCCAAGAUAUAGCUCUCCACAAAGGCUUGUUGCAGCAAUUACAAGAGAAAAUUGGAACGUUUUCUGAUGCUGAUGCUGAAUUCAAACUUAAGGACAGCUUUCAAGAAACUACCAAGUUUUCUGAGGAGGCAAGCAAGCGAAUUAAACAAUGGGAAGAUUACGUAGAAAACCAUGAAGCAUAUAACCAAGCCAUUGAGAAGUGCCACGAUUGGCUCAGUGCAUUAACAGCUGAAGCGGCCUCUUUGAUCGAUGAAUCUUCAGAAGAAUCACCGGAAGGUAAACUCACCAUAGUCGACAAUCUUCUAGCUCAAAAAGAUGAAGGUGACCAAAUAAUAUCAUCGUGCAAACAACAACUAGAAAGCGUCGUCAUUCAGACAGCGCCAGAAGGUCAUCCUCCACUAAUAAACAUUUUUGAUGAACAAGAAAAAUCGUGGAUGUUAUUUUUGGAACUUUGCACGGACGCAAAAGAAAAACUUAAUAUUAUUACGAAUCAGUAUGCAGAAGUUGGGAAGCUGAUGGACAGUUUGGAGGCGUGGCUCAAGUUUAAAGAAAAUCAAGUGAAAGAUCAAAGCUUGAAAAAUACAGAGGACGCCAAAAGAAAGCAUUUGGAUAAACUUAAAGGCUUAGAGAAGGAAAUAAUAACCAAAGAACCGGAAUUUUCCAAUUUCACGGAAAUGAUCAAGAAUAUAGAAACUGAUACCAAAGUGUCUCAAUUAGCAAGCAGAUAUCAGUCCCUUAAAAAAUCGAUAAAAGAGAAUGUCAACAGAUACGAAGGAUUUGUAAAUGAACAUCAACAAUUUAACGCAGAUUAUAACGAAUUUUUACACUGGCUAUCUGACAAAGAAGAGGAACUCCAAGAUUUGUGCCAUAUCGUAGGAGACCUCAAUGUUCUACAAAAGCGACAAAAUGGCAUAAGGCAAUUAGUCGACGAAAAAAAUCAGCGAAGCUUGGAAUUUGAGCACCUUGUCGAAAAGGGAGAAAAACUUUACGCUCAUACUUCCCCCGACGGAAGAGAUAUUAUCAGACAACAGCUGCGGAACAUUCGAACUAUUUGGGAUACAUUGGGUGAUGACUUACAGACAGCUAUCAACAAAUUGGAUCAAUGCAUAGUGCAGUUUUCGGAUUUUACUGCGACACAAGAACAAUUAACUAAAUGGCUCAAAGAAGUAGAAAAGGGUAUGCAGCAGCACACAGAAUUGAAAUCUACUUUGCAGGAAAAAAGAGCCCAACUGCAAAACCAUAAAAUUAUGCACCAAGAAAUUAUGUCACACCAGCAAUUGGUAGAGACGGUCUGUGAUCGAGCUCAGCAGCUGGUUGAUCAAACGCAAGACAAGUCUCUCAACGUUUAUUUGCAGUCCAUAAAACAACUAUUCCUCAGCAUUGUAGCAAAGUCAGAUGAGUUACUUAACAACUUGGGGGAGUGCGUGGAUAGACAUGCGGAAUACGAUCAACACUUAGCAGCCUUUAAAGACUGGAUGUCGCAACAAAAUGAUAGACUUCGUCAACACGAUAUUGAAAGCGGCGAUAGAAGUGAAAUUUCCAAGAGAAUAGCCAGUCUAACAUUCUUGAAAGAAAAUGGCGAAGAAGAAGGGGACAAACUUAUAGAGAACUUAAAGAAAAUACUAAUCCAAGUGGCCAAGAGUACUGCUCCUAAUGGCGUUGAUGUACUCAAGGACGAACUUGCAUCCAACCAGCAAUUGUUAAAACAGUAUUUAGAUGAAAUUGAUUUAUUAAUUAACAAACAGCAAGCGACGAUUAAUAGGUGGGACCAGUUCGACAAAUCGUUAGAAGAGCUUAACCGAUGGAUACAGGACACAGAAAUUAUUUUCAGAAAUCAAGAACUUCAAGCGACUUUAGGUGAAAAAGAAACGCGACUUUCCCAAUAUCAAAAGCAACGCGAAAUUGUUGUCUCACAAGAAAAGGAAAUAGAUCAGUUUGUCGACAUGAGCCACGCACUUUUGAAUUCUAGCGGUGUUCAGAAAAUCAAACCUAUAAUAUCCCAAGUUAGUGCGAGAUACCAAAAUCUCCUCGGACUAUCAAAAGAUGUUAUUAAUCGCUGGCAAGGCAUGGUGGAUGACCACACCAAUUACAGGCAAAAAUUAGAUGAAACUCUUGCUUGGUUGAAACCCUUAGAAGAUCAGUUGCAUCUUCUUCAACAAGGUGGACUUUCAAGUAAUGUGGAGGCUGAAUCACAAAGAAUGCAAAUUCUAAUAACAGAAAAAGAAAAAGGAGAGCAUAAAAUUAACUCUUUGAGUUUAGUAGGAGAGAGACUCUUACCAGAUACUGCAAUGCACGGAAGAGAAAUAGUGAGAAAUGAAAUUAAAAGCACAAGAGAACGAUGGGAAAAACUAGCAGACGGUAUUUCGAAUCAGCAAAAGCUGCAAGACGCACAAAGCAUGCAGCUGUCCAGUUAUCAAGACCAGCUGCAACAAACCCUAGCAUGGUUAGACUCCAUGGAAAAGAUUGUAAAACUCGAUUCGUCCUCAUGGAAUUCAGUUCAGGAAGUUAGAGGAAAACUGCUAAAGCAGAAAACUACACUCCAAGAAAUCAUUCCACAUAAAAGAAUCAUAGAAGGGAUCACUGAAAAAGCCAUUCAUUUAGCCCAACUGGUCAGCAACAAAGAAAAAAAUGUAGAGAUUGAAAAUAAUGUGAAAUCAAUCAAUGAACGAUACCAAAAUUUACUGGUGGCGGUUCAGGACAACAUUAAACAGCUUGAGAACUGUCUCGAUGUGUUCCAGCAUUUCUACGACCUUCUUAAAACUCAACAAGACAUCCAAAAACAACUCUGGGAUAAUCUUAAUUGUUAUGUAGAUUACAGCGGAAGUAAAUCUUUUAUAGAGCAGAGGCUUAACAAAGUCAAUGAGAUUGAGGAUAACUUACCAGAGAGCACGAUCAAACUUAAGGAAAUAGAACAGCACGUUGAGAAAAGAGCAUCGGUUCUACCUCCACGGGCCAAAGAGGCAAUGCAAAGAGACGUUUCUAAUCUUAAAGUGGAUCAAGACAAGUUCCGUUCCACAUUGGUGGACGUUAAGUCUUCUUUAGGAAACAGAUUAAAACAAUGGAAUGAUUACGAGGUUUCGUUGGAACGAUUGCUAGCAUUCUUGUUGGAUACAGAGUGUUCUUUGAAAAAUUAUGUUCACAAAUCGACUGCAGAGGAAAAACAGGAACAGUUAGAGAAAUAUCAGGUACUAACUAAGGCGAUUGAUUCCUGUACGAGAGAAGUUAAGAAUUUUAUUCGUAUUGCCGAUCAUCUGGAGCAAGCUCUCAUUACAAAUCUUCGACAAAACGAACAUGAUUUCGAUAAGAUGUCUGAUGAUUCAACCGAAUUGAUCCAAAGCAGCGGCGAUUCCAGGAUUUCGAUAAAUAUCCAACAGAUUACGUCUCGAUUUCAGUCUGUUCAGAUUACAACUAAGGAGAUAGUGAAGAAAUGUGAACAGGCCUUAGCGGACCACAAGUUAUACAACGAAAAAUACAGACAGUGUUCCGACUGGAUAGCAGCCGCCCAAACAAAAUUUAACUCCUGUCAAGAAAAUGUCACCCAGGAAUCGCUAAGUGAACAGAGCAAGGCGCUGGAGGAGCUGUUGUCCCAAAAAACUAGCGCGUUGUUGCUUUUAAAUAACACCAUAGAGUUAGGAGAGAAACUUUAUUCGUCCACGUCUCCGGAGGGACGGGAUAUUAUUUCUUCCCAAUUAGAAGGUUUGCAACAGAUGCUGGAGGCCCUGUUCGAUGGAAUAAACUCAGCCAACAGAGACAUCAAGAUAAAGUUUAAUACCUGGUCCGAAUUUGACAAUAGUGUGCAGAGUAUCCAAACUUGGUUUAAGGAAAUCGAUCAUCUGCUGUCUCAACAAAUUAUACUUAAAGCUACAUUAGACGAGAAGAAAUCCCAGCUUCAGGUGUACAGAAACCUGCUUCACGACAUAACAUCGCAUCAACAAGAUGUUGUGGAGUUGAAGAAUAAACUUGAAGGUUUGCCUAACAGAGACAACAAUAUCGAAAAACUGAUCGUAGGUAUUGCGGAACAGUAUCAGACAAUUCUAAAACGAGCACAACAUUUUGCGCAAAAAUAUGAAACUAUUGUCAGUGAUCAUCAAAAAUAUUCCAAAGCGGUACAUGAAUGUCACGAAUGGAUGGAUGCCACGCGAAACACAGUCAGUCUGUGGAGCGAUAUUAAUCUGGAAAGGGUUUCGUUAAUUUCCAACUUAGAAAGGCUUAAAAAAUUAGCUGGCACUCUACAAGAAGAGCGAUCGCGAAUCGAUGUUAUUAAGGAUCUAGGAGAUUUGGUGAUUCCUGGGACGAUUGAGAGUGGUCAAGGAAAUAUUCGAUCUCAAAUAGAUGCGUCUCAACAAGAAUGGGCUAGUCUUGUAUCUAUUUUGGAGAAGGCAAUAUCACAGCUUGAAGUUAAACUUCAACAAUGGUCUGAAUACGAACGACUGAAAGAUCAAUGUUUCUCUUGGUUACGAGACACGGACACCACACUGCACUCAAUUGAUCUAAAGUCUACUGCCGAAGAAAAACAAACGCAGUUGGAAUCACUAAAGAAACUGCAAGGUGAAGUAAAAGCCAAGGAGCUCGAAAUCGAUCAGGUUACAGAAAAAUUACAACAAUUGGAUAAAGGUCUAUCAAAUCGCGCCUCUCAAAUCUCGGAACUCGGCAUCAAAUAUCAACAAAUAUACCAAAAAGUUAAGGAGCUUACCACUCGCUGGCAAUUAUAUACCAGCAGUCACCAAGAUUUUAAUAAAGAAAUUGCCCGAUUUGAACAUUGGUUAAAUAGUCUAAAUGAAAAAUUAGAAUACUGCGCAGAUGUGCUAACAGCUUCGGAAAAGGAAUUAGAACUUAAACUGGAAACCGUGCAAGGGCUAAUACUCAAUAAGGAAGAUGGUUUUACAACCAUACAGAAACUCGUAGAGUUGGCGCAAAAUGUUUUGGCAAACACUGCUCCUCAAGGUCAUGAAUCUGUCAACCAAACACUUGCUAAUUUACAAAAUAAAUGGUCGAACAUCGCAUCGAAAAUAAUAGAAACGAAAUCUUUACUUGAAGAUGCUCUAAGAAAAUGGACUGGUUUAUUAGAAGAAAUUAAAUCACUAGAUAAACGAAUUGAAUGGCUCGAAGCGCAGUACGCGGAAUUAUCGGAAUUGCAGGCGACUGCGUCGGAAAAGAAAACCCAACUCGAGAGAAUCAAGACUUUGGAAGAAAAGGUGCGUUGUGAGAAAAUCGAAGUUGAUUCGUUAAAGUCUCAAGCAACCGAGGUACUUAAGAGUGAGCGAACCCGAGAAGCCGCCAUAGAAGCACAAACUAUGCUAGAUAGAUUUGAUAAUAUCUUCAAUAAAAUUCAAAAGUUAUUACCACAGAAGAACCAGGAGUACAAAGACCAUAGAGCUUACAAGGAAGCCUAUGAAGAGGUGCAGGUCUGGAUGACCAGAGCUCAAGAGAAAGUUCCGCAACUGAAACAGCGUCCUUUAGGAGAUAAAUUAUCAAUUGAAAUGUUCUCUGGUCCGUUAGAUCAUUUACUAAACAAACAAGCCCAGGGUGAAGUACUGCUGGAGAACCUCGACCAUACCGCUCAAGUUGUUAUACCUAAUACUAGCGCCCCGGGGCAGGAAACUAUCAAAAAUGAAAUCAGAGCAUUGAGGGAGAGUUUCGACCGCUUGUUCAAGGACUUGAAACAGCAACGUGAGCAGCUUGAAGUUAUUUUAGUUCACUGGCGUGACUAUAAAGACGAGUUUGAGAGGAUUUCAGACUGGCUUCAGCAAAUUUCUAUACUAAUCAAAAAUCAAAAGAUUGCCUUGUCGUCAAAUCUAGAGGAAAAGCAAAAACAAGUGAAAGAUGUUAACGAAAUUCUUGAUAAAUUGACCAAUGGAAAGCAACAGGUAGAAAAACUAAACGAUUUUGCGAAGGUUCUAUUAAAAUCGCCUCUUGAAACACACGUUAAUAACCAACUGCAGCAGCUAAAUUCGCGCUACCAAGCAGAAUUAAAUUUAGCCAAAGAUGUUGUGAAAAAAAUUGAAACCAACUACGAACAACACAACGAAUACGAUAAAAAUCUAAAAAACGCCAGAAACUGGAUCGAUAACGCCAGAGAAAUAAUUUCUUCUUGUUCCGAAGCAGCUUCGCAUAGCAGCAAGGAUGUGCUACAAAGCCAUCUUAAUCAAAUUCAAGACCUCAUUAAUCGACGAGAAGAGGGUCAAAGUUUAGUUCACGCGACGGUUAACUGCGGUGAAAAAGUGCUGCGCAACACGCGGUCAGAUGGUAGAGACAUCAUAAACAAUGAAAUCAAAGAAGUACAGAGCGACUGGGAAAGAAUCGUUAAGAAGAUGUCAACCGCGAAAGUGAAUUUGGAAACGGCCUUAUUGCAGUGGGCUGACUACGACAGUUCAUACAAUCAGCUGCGGCAAUGGAUCAGCGAAAGAGAGGCAAAACUUCAACAAGUUACUGAACCGAAAGCCAUGAAAAUAAAAAAGGGUCAAACAGGAUUAAGUGCCUUGCCAAUUGGUGAAAGAAAAGCGGUCCUUAGGGAAACAGGAAGUAUCGUCCAGGACAUAGUCUCCUUCGAACCUAUGAUCCAGUCGGUGGCAUCCAAAGCUGAAGAUUUGAAACAAGCUGCACCUGCAUCGGAAAUAUCGAGCAAAUAUGAAACAUUAUCCAAGCAAGCACAGGAACUAUAUGCCAAACAAAAGGAGACCGUGGAACAACAUCAAGCAUUCAUUGAUGCAGGAAAUGAUAUAGUUCAAUGGCUUCGUCUGGCUAAAGAACGGCUUGGUAAAUGUUCGGAACCUACUGGCGACAAAGAAAGCUUAGGCGGCAAGCUAUCUCAAAUCAAAGUACUGCACAGCGAGCUAGAAUAUGGCCAGCAAAAGCUAGAAACUGCUUUAGAGAAGGGCGACAAAGCCUGCCAAGUCGCAGACGAGGAUGAUAAAGAAAUAAUAGAAGAACAAGUUGCGCUGCUACAAGAAGAAUUCGAUAAUUAUGUAGAAAAUUUGAACAGCACCAAGAAUUUACUAGAAAGAGGAAUCGUAAAAUGGACAGAAUACGAAGAACAGUAUCAAGAUGCAUUAGAGUGGCUAAAUCAAACUGAGAAAAUGGUGCAGUCAUUUAACAAACUCCAAGACAGCUUGGAAGAGAAGCGGGCGGUAUUGGAACAAUUCCAGUUGCAUUUGCAGACGCUAUUUGACUGGCAAUCUGAACUAGAUAGACUUAAUAUGAAAGCUCAGUCGCUGCUGGAAACUUGCGCAGAUUCUCGGGUCAGUAAUGCGAUAAUGCAGCUGUCCACCAAGUACAAUGCUAUUCUAUCUAUGGCGAAGGAGAUAAUGAGGCGGUUAGAACUGUAUUACCAAGAACAUCAGCAGCACAGCACCUUGUAUCAGGAGUGUCAGGAUUGGAUGGACAGAACCAGAGAUAAACUGCACGGUUGUAUGGAUAUACCGAACAGUUUUUCGGAAAUUCAAAACAAGUUGCAAGUGGUCAAGAAUAUUAGAACAUCUAUAGAGCAAGGUCAAAAUAAAUUGCGAUAUAUCAACGAGCUUAAAGAGCGUGUAAUUAUGAAUACGGAACAAACAGGUGCUGAAAAAAUACAGGAAGACACCGAGAUUUUGAAGGAGGACAUGGAAAAACUGCUUAAUGAAGUUCAAGAUGUUAAGAACAAACUUCAGGCUCAAGCGAAUAAAUUAGAAGAAGUGGAAAAGCUGCUAGGUCAAUUUUUGGAUUGGUUGCAAGAUCAAGAAAACCAAAUACAAUUCGAAGAGGGAUACUUAAAUGAACUUAGCGAAAAGAAAGCCAAACUGGAAAAGUAUAAAACUGUGCAGAAGGAACUAAGUGGCCACAACGAAACUUUGGACAAACUGAAGUCCAAACUAAAUGAAGACAAAGAUGCUUCAAAUCCAGAAAUAGAAAGUGCAUUAAAAAGGUUUAAUGAAUUCAAGCAACAGUUGUCAUUGGCGGUUUCUGAAUUAGAAGUCCAAGUAGACGAACAUGACCAAUAUAAAAGUUCUUACAAUAAAGCCAUGGAAUGGAUUAGACAGUCUCAAUUAGAAAUUCAAAAAUGUUCUGAUCUCCAAGUUGAGCUUAAUGAGAUAAUCGAAAAGGAAUCUCAGAUCGAUGGGAUCUGCAAAAGAUUGUCGGACUGUGACGAAUUGGUGAAUCAAACAAUCAAAAAGAGUAUCGGAGUAAUGAAAACCACAGGGGAAGAAGGCAAAAGUAUAAUCCGAGACGAAAUUGACCAAUUAAAUACGGAUUGGGAGGGCCUUCAAUUUAUCUGCAAUGAGACUAAAAAAUCGCUAAGCAAGUGCAAAGAAGCGUGGAAGGACUUAAAGAAUAAUUGUGAUUCUGUUCAAAGAAACGUUGAUGCUUUAAGAGCUCGCGUGGAACAACAGCAAAACUCCGAAAAUAACAAACAGGAAGACUUAGAAAAAUGUAGGGCAUUGCUAACAGACAUUGAGGAACUUAAACCUCAAGUAGAAAACCUGACAGACGCGUGUGAAAUUCUUAUGGAACUGAGCGCCAUCAGUUGGGUUAGGGAUAAAACGGUACAACUGCAGGGUGAAUACACCAACUUGCUUACUGGCGCUCAGGGUUUAGUAUCUCGAAUGGAAAAAAAUUUGAUAGAUCACACGGAAUUUAUGGAUAUUAAAAGCGAAUUGGAAAACUGGCUUCGAGGAAACGACGAUACCGUACAACAAUGUAUUGGCUUAGGGGAUGAGAACGAUAUCAGACAAAAACUCGACAAAAUCAGAUUUAUCAGUGCCAAUUUGGGCGAUGGACAGAAAUUACUUGGGGAUUUGCAAAACGCAUUUGCCAAAAUUAUUAAUUCCGCAAAGCCUGAGAAACAAGCAGAACUGCGUGACGACGUAACUAAUUUAAGGAAUAGCUGGGAUCAAUUAAACAUGGACUUAAAGUCGACCGAAACUCAACUGAAAUCCGGAUUAUCAAGGUGGGAUGAAUAUAACGAGGCAAAGCGUGUACUGGAAUCUUGGCUUCAAGCAAUUGAGAAGGCACUGAAAGCAAAACCAAACACAAAAGGUGAAUUAAGCGAAAUGAGAACGUUAUUGGAGAGGUACAAAAAUAUAGAGGUAGAGAUAAUAAAAAGGAACGAAGACCUCGAACGGUUGAAUAACGAAGCAAAAGAAUUAAACAAAUGGUCCAACAAACCUGGCGUAUUGGAACAGGUAAAAGAGCUCAAAUCGCGAUUCGAACAGGUCAUAUCGGUGUGCAACUCAUUUCAAGAGCAAGUCGAUGCAGAGCUGCGAGACUACAAUAUCUAUCAACAAAAACUGCAAGAAACUGAGAAGUGGUUACUGCAAGUCUCUUUCCAGCUUAUGGCUCACAAUUCUCUUUACAUAACGAACAGAGAACAAACUCAAGAGCAAAUAGUCCAACAUGAACAGCUUCUAAAACAAAUUCAAAAUUAUCAAUCUACAAUAGACGACGUAAAAGAUAAAGGCUACGGGCAAAUUAAAAAGUACGUAGCAUCGGCACCCGGAAUCACAGAUACCAUAGAAAGACAGUUGAACAAUGUCCAAGAGAGUUUUACCUCGCUACUACAGACUGCUGUUCAAAUCAAGAAUAGGCUGAGCGAUUCUUUGGCCAAAUUUAAAGAAUACGAAGAUGCUUUGGAAAGCAUCAUGCGUAGCUUGGACGAGUAUGAACCAAUCGUAUCGCAUGAAAUCGUGAAACCAGUCGAAAGCUUAGAAGAGGCAAAUGCCUCACUUGAAACGGCAAAGGUUAUCCACAACAAACUGCAAAACGAGAAAUCCAGAUUAGCAGUAGCUGUUCAAGCAUGCGAAGCUGCUACAGCUUCGAUAAGUCGUCCAAACAGCCCGAGAGAUGCAAUUCCACCUCCCGUUCCUAUCAAGGAACUGGAAUGUAGAGCAAGACUCGAAGACCUAAUCGAUCAGACACACAGGGAAUCGGCAACUUCAAGGGAUUCUGAUAACAGACUGAAAUUGCUUUUGGAUGAACUUGUGUCCAGGAAAUUUAUUUCUAAAGUGAAUACCCAAAUCGAUCAGGUACAAGCCCAUCUUAGCAAUUUGUCGUCGUCCGUGGCAACUUUCGAAGAAAUCGAAAAACAAAAAGCAAGUCUCAAGGCUUGGAUCAACACGCAGAGACAAGCAGUCCACGAAUGGAAAAAUCGACCUAUCAAAUUGCGAGCAGAUGCGGCCAAACAAGAGAUAAACAAUAUGAACGAACUUCUCACGGCAAUUGGUCAGCGUCGAAACCAACUCACCACUGAAUUGACUGGUCCAGGAACCGAGGAACUGGCAAAGAUGUUGGACAAUUUAGAAAAUGAACUUUUAUCUGUUAUGACCGAGAAACAAUCAAAACAAGAAUUCGUGGAUCAAUAUCGGCAGCAACUACAAGUCACUAACAAUUGGUUCGACAAUCUCGUCAAAAGAAUCGACGUAAUCGACAAGGGUUCUGGCCUAAACUGCCAACAAAAGAAGGACGCAGUUGUCGAACUUCAAACCGAAUUUGAUCAACAAGGCCCCAAGAAAGUGGAUGAAGUAAAACGACUCGCUGGAGAAAUUACAGAAAUCGUCAACAAUUUAGACUCGCAACAGGUAGAGGAACAAGUAAAGUCCGUAGAUAGACGGUAUAAAGAUAUUUCCAAAAAGUUGCAAAGAAAAAUGCAAGUUCUUGAAAUGACCAGAAAAGGCAUUGAUGACACUAGAAACGAAAUUGAACAAGCCAGAAGUUGGGUCAAAGAAAAAUUUGAAACACUUCAGCAACCAAGACCUCUCGGUUUUGAAAGCAGAAAAGUUGACGAAAGAGUCAAUUCUUUAAAAGAACUUCUCAAAGACGUAGAAAAUAAAUCUCUACUGAAGGAUACUCUGACGAAACGCGUAGCAAAUAUGACUAACGAGUUGGAACCAUCUGAACACGAUCAGUUAGAAAAUUCUCUAAAGAACUUGAGCACUGAAAGGGAACAUUUGGCAGGCAAGGUGAAGCAAGAGAUCGAUCGUCUAACGGCUGCUGCCAGUAGCAGAAGAAUCUUAGAAUCGAACCUAGAAAAAGCAAAGGCAUGGCUUAAAGCGAAAAACGCUGAAGUUAGGAAAUUAAGCGGGUACAUUCCCCUUAAAACGAUUCACGUAGAAAAAGAAAUCGCUCAACAUAAAACAUACGACCAGCAAAUAAAAGAUUUCAGCAAAGGGGAUUUAAAUGACUUACUUAAGCUGGGAACUAACGUGCUUAAGGAAUGCGAUGACGAAGAUCGCGAAAGACUACAACAUUUACUAAACGAAGUCAAAGAUGACUAUGAGAACUUGAAUCAGGAAUCUAAACAGAAACUGGACGCACUGACGGAUUUGCUUCACGGUAGGAAACUGUUUGAAAGUGAUAUAGAAAAAUGCAUAAAUUGGUUAAAAGAAGCCGAAGUUGCCACUUCAUCCGACAUAAGAGUUUCAAGUUUGGACGUCCUUGAGGAACAACUUGCAAAAUACGAGAAAUUGUACGAAGACGCUAAACGAGUUAGUGGCGAUAUUGAGAAGAUAUCAGAACAAGGCAAAGCGAUUUUGCCAACUAUUAGCGAAUCGGAUAAAAUAAUCUUGAAAGAAACACUUUACAAUAUGACAGACAGACAUGGGAGGAUAGCAAGUUUGAUUCAAGAUAGAACUAACGAUCUUAAACUUAAAAUCCAACAAAUCCGAGACGCACAAGCGAAACUGGCAGAGAGUUUGCAAUUCAUCAAGGACGUUCAAAAUCAACUUCAAGAAUUGAACAAACCGGUCGGUGCUAGAGUUGAAGAUGUGCAGAACUUACUGUCGUCUUAUGACCGAAUUUUAAAAGAUGUGAAAGCAAGCAAGACCAAACUUGGAAGUGUUCCAGGUGCCAAUCCCGCAGAACUCCAGGACAUUGUUAACACCCAGGACGAAUUAAUCAGAACUAUUGAAGAUCAAAUAGCGAAACUCAAACAAAUGCUGUUGCUUAGAGAACAGUAUCUGGCCCUUAUCACUGAGAUUAUGACAUUCAUCACUAAGUACACCGAAGUGGUUCGACACGUGGAAAAGUCUGGAAGCACCAUAGAAGAGAAAAUCAAGAAAUACGACGAUAUUGUGGUAAAAAUACAAGAAUGCGAGGCCUUACAUGCGUCUGCCAGCGAUAAGGGGCAACAAAUUGCGGCUGACUGUAACGUCCAAGACCGAAACCACAUAACUGAGCAGUUACAGUCACUAAAGCAAUCUCUUAAUAAUUUACGAAAAGCCGUGGAGAAACAAAGGCAGGAACACGAGAACACCGCCGCCGAAUAUCGUAAACUGGCAUCAGAGUUAGAAGAAAUAUUGGACUGGCUUCAUACGAAUGAGGGCGCAGUCAAAUCAAGGCCUCUAUUGAACAGAGACGUGAAUAGCGUAUUGCGAGAGAUACAGAAUCAUGAAGUACUUGACGCAACGAUAAAUAAGUAUUUGGAUAAAAUAAGAAAAAUCCAAGAAAAUGUGGGGUAUGAUGAUGCCAUGCCAGGAUCCCUUCAGGAGCAACUCUCAGAGGCAAAUUCGUUGUUAAGUUCAUUGCCACGAGAAUUGGAGGAACGCUCUAAAUACCUACAGACCAACAGAAAGCUGAGGGAUGAAUACACCGAGCAAAAAGAAAAACUUUACAAUUGGGUGAAAGAGGCGGAACUCAGGUUGGACGCUCACAAAGACGGAGUUGAUUUUGAAAACAUUUUCACAGACUUGGAGGAACACAAGGUCUUCUUUAGCACGGAAUCGAGCAUUAAAGAAUUAGUUUCCCACGGGAUUCAGCAGGCUGCCGAUAAGAUUUGGCCCAGUUUAACGCCAUACGAACAGGAAGAAUUGAGCCGGGAACAACAACAACACACGCAACUUUUAAAAAACACACUAAAUUCUGCAAAAUCUCAAAGGGCUCAACUCGAACAAGACGUCGAAAUAUGGAAGGACUACUGUCAGGUUUUGGACAAGGUGAAGGCACUCAUAGCAAGGACAAAAUUUACUGACGAACCAGUAUCGACUUUGGCAGGCUUACACUUCAAUAUCCAGAAGAUCACCCACGCCCUUAACGAUAUUCAGAAUCAGCAAGUCGAACUUGACCUACUGCAGGAACGUGUGGCAGAAAUUGUCAAGCAUGCCGACGAGCGCAACAGAAAGACCAUUCAAGGACAAGCAGAUCAGGUCUCCGAAGAUUGGUCAUCUUUAAUAUCAAACCUUGAAGGCCGAAGAGAUACUUUAACACGCCUGGCAGAAGUAUGGGAAACUUUCGAAGGUCGCUGGCAAAAUUUCGAAAGUCAACUCACGAGUAUCGAAGAACGGAUCAAGCAUAUCGAUCACGUCGUCAGAAGUAGAGACCAUGUCAUCACCACCAAGAAAAAUGUGGAGGACCUGCAAUCAGAAGCUAGAACCCUUGAAGCUCGGGCAACGGAAGUCAUUGAUCUGUCCAGCUCAGUGCUUCUGUUCUUAAGUGAAUGUUCGCCCCCAUCUGCGGCAUCACUCACAAACAAAUUGCAACAACUUGAUGAAUUGUACAAAAAGCUUCUCGAAAACCUAAGUGAAAAACACAACAAAGUAAAUCAAGAUUUAAGCGAAAUAGAGGCGGCUCUUCAGGAUAUCACCAGAAAGAAGAGUGACUUGGUAGAUUUGAAAAGUAAGGUUACCUCGUUCUACGUAUUCGACGAAGACGUUCCGCGUACCGAGUCCGACUUAGAUAAACUCAAAGUUAAAGUGGCCGGCGAGGUAAGCAACGCAAGGCAGUUGUCUUUGGAAAUAAAGAAAAAAUACGAAGACGCGCAGCAUUUAAUCCCAUCGGACAUCGCCCAAGAACUCAAUCAGUUGGAGUUAUUAAGCGAAAGCAUUACAUCAGCUAUGGACGAAAAAGAUAGGGAAUUCAAAAAGGCCAGAACUUUGCGCUCCGACUACGUCAAUGAUGUGGAGGAACUUCAGAAUUGGAUUAAGGAAACCGAGCUUAAAGUCCAAGACAGAUCAGUGGCACCUCAACAGCUGCACGAGCAGUUGCAGCAAAUACAAUCUGAAAUGGGGUCCAUUUUGGAUCGUCUUGAAAAUGUUAAACGAAAUGGACAAACGAUUAUCGACAAAUCCAAGAAUCAAGAAGAGCAGGAUAUCGUUCAAUCGACGAUAAACAAUUUAACCGACCAAGUGCAGCAGGUAAAAUCGGAAUUAGAGGACAAACGUCAGCAAGUCGGUGAAAUUCUGGACGCCUGGCAGCGAUUCCUUGCAUUGUACCAACAACUGGUCCAAUGGGUCGACGAGAAACGCGAAUUUUUAAAAGAUCCUCUAAAGGUCAGUUCCCUGCAGGACGUAAAGCAAAAGUUACACGACUAUUCGAACGCGGUAAAGAGUUGCAAAAGUGCUACCAAAAACUUGAGCGAUAUGGCCAAAGAGCUGGAAUAUAUCGGCAACGUGACAACAACGGGAGACCUUCCUCAAAAAAUGGAACACGCGGAAGAAGUGAAAACCGAUGUGGAAGCUCAAAUUUUGAAAAGGCAUGCGUUAUUACAAGAAACCUCCGAAGAAUGGGAGCAAUGCGAGAAAAAGAUGAAAGAAGUGCGAGGGUGGAUAGAAAAAAACAAAAACUCUUUGGAAUCGGUUCAAAACAAGAAGAAGCCGUUGAGAGACCAACAUGCGCUGCGGGAAAAAAUGCUUGCUGACAUCCAUAUUCAAAAGACUAAAAUUUCGUUGUCCAUCGAAAAAUUAGAGCUUCAUUUCCGUUCAGGCAUCGAGGCCGAUACGAGAAUUACUCAGUCCGCCGACGAUUUAAUAAAAGAACUCGAGGGUUUGAACGCGUCUAUCAAGGAUCAAAUUUCGCAACUUGAGAAGGCUGUCAACCAGGUCGAGGAGUAUCAAUUGGAGGUGCAGAAUCUCAGACAGCAAAUAGUCCAGGUGGAGCAGCAACUUCGCAUUGCCACCGCGCCCAAUUAUAAACCCCAAGAUCGGGAUCAGGCAACUAGAGACCAAGAGGCGCGGGUCGAAGAUUACCGACAAAGGAUCGCCGGGCUCACGGCCAUCAUUCGUCGCAUGGAUCCAUACUCUAUUCAAUCGCCUUCCGAUAUCUCCCUCCUCGGGGUUAGUUACGCCGACGUUACAGCAGGACGUUCAAAGUCGCAAGAGCGACAGUCGGAAAGUUCUGUUGAAAAAGCCGAAAUACUUACAUCUCCUCAGUUUUCCGAUGCACGUCAACCGGAUAAUGUUUUUACUACAUACGAAUUCGAAAAUGUGACGCAAACAUUAGAAAACGUUGCCACCUUAGCACCUAACGUUCCACCCAGAAGGAGCCGUGCAUCGAAAAAGCGACCAGAUAAAACAAUUAAACCGAAAGAUUCGUCACCUGUUGCAAUGGCUCCGACUUAUACGCUACCGGCAGAGGAAACUCCGAAAAUAACCGAAUAUUUGACAGAAACACCUCAACAACAUCUUCCUCGAUCUUUACAGCGUUCGAACAGUCCCAUGUGGGGUCCAGGCUCCACAACUUACGCCGAAAUUUUAAGGAAUCAAAAAGCUUCGCAAGCUAUUGAAUCGACUCCACCACCACCAGUAAUUGAGUCUACUAUGAAAGUUAAACAUGAAACGACAGAAGUCAGUGAAGAGCAACCAUCAGAGUUUACAAUAACUGAUGUAAAAGCCGAAGAUAUUUGUGAUAGAUUGGAGAGUAAAUACGCAUCUCAACCAGAAGAAAUGAUACCCAACUGCCAAGAAAACGACCUUGCGAAAAAUACGAAUUCGUAUAUUAUUCCCCGUUCUCAGUCGGACUGGGAUGCAUAUCAACAAUCUCAACAACAGUUUGAACCUGCGUUUAAUGUUAUACCAGGAUAUUAUCAGCAACCUAUUCCUUCGUUUGAUUAUAUCCAACCGUUACCUGACAUGGUUAACUUUAUAGCCUCUGGUGAGCAAUUGAUAAGCUCUGGCUUAGGCACUUACCAUAAUCAGCCUCAAGUUUCAACUAUUCAGCCAGCUUUCUGCGUUUCACAAAAUGGUCAAACACAAGGGCCAACAACUGAGUUAGGCGAUGCAUCGCAGAGUGCAGCAAUAGAAGUUCAAGAAUCGGUACAUACGACCGAAGUUCAGGAGAACGUAAAAGUGCGUACAGAAAAAUCAACAACAGCAGUUGCGAAAAACGACGUUUCCCAUUCGCACUUUUCCUACGCGCAGAUUUUGGCGCAGGGAUUGAGUGACAAAACUCUCCAGCCAUCCAGUAUCGCGACAUUGUCAAAACCGAAAAUAGAUUGUGCUUCCAGACAACAAUCUCCUAGGCCUGGAUACGAAGCCACGUCAGAGGAAGAAACGCAGUCUCAUUCGAGGAAGCAAUCGAACUAUGAAUAUAGGACGAAGUCUCCUGUAAAGGAGGUCGUACCUAAAAAUGCGAAUCACAAAGAUAAACGACCGAAGUAUGUCGAUAUCGAUAACAUACAGCAGCCUAGUUGUCAUGGAGAGCCUAUCAAAUUGAUAGGUGACGACGCAGCUGCCGUUUCCUUUAGAUCAGAAGACUUAAAAGCCACUAGUGAUAUAGAAAACUAUUCCCAUUCCCGAUAUACAAGUAAUCGGCCCACCAAGUCGAAAAACAAGAAAGCAAAAAAUUUGUCACUCGAUGAUAUUGAUAAAGCUCUAAGAGAAAUUUCUCUUUCUGAUAACAAAUCCGACAAAAAACAUGAACAGAAACUACAGAAGUCCAAGUCACAUAAAAAAAAAAUAGAAGUAGAGAAAACUUCAACAAAAACUGUUAUAUCUGCCCUUCAGGAUCAUGUGCUAUCAAACAAGACAACGAAAAAACCGAUAGAGAAACAUCAAGUGCUGAUAAAAGAAACCAAAGUAGUGACAGUUAAAGAAGAACCUGUAGGUAUUAAUGCAACUGAACUUAAUAUUAAUAGCUUAGAAAAUUCUGUUGUUGAGUCCAAAAGUAACGAGAACCUUGUUGAAAUUCAACCCGAAAAAACAAUAGAACAACUUAACAAGACAGCAGGAAAGCUUAAGAAGAAACAUAAGAAAAUUAAAGGGUUAAAAGAGGUUUCCAGCUUAGCUGCUGAAAUCGGAGCAAAAGAAAAUACAACAGAAAUUUCAGUCACUUUGGAAGCCGACGUUCGUAACAACCCAACGAUUUUGGAAGAUGCCCUUCACAUUACCAAUAAAAAGAAACGAAAACAUAAAAACAAGGCUCAAGUAACUGAACUUCCAAGUACAAAUCUACUUGAAACAAUCAGCAACAAACAUAUUACCGAUAACAACCAAUUCAGAACUGAAAAUGGUGUAGAAGCGAAAAAAGAAGAAAUUGUAGAGGACAAAGCGGCGACUAGAAAAAAGAAAAAGAAUUCUCAAAAAAAAACAUCUUUACCUUCAUCAGCAAUUACGGAUGACACUAAUUUAAUUUUGACCUCAAAAGCUAAGAAUGAGUCUGAUCAAUUUUCACUCAAAUUAGACAAAGAACAAGUUACAGUAAUAACCCAAGAUAAAAGUGAAAUAACGGCCGAAAAAGUACUAGCCCCAAUGGAUAGAACGGCGGGAAUUAAAUCAAAGAAGAAUAAAAAUAAAGCUAAUUUAAAAUGCGAAAAUCAACCCUUUGCAGAAACUCCAACGUCCGAGGCGACUAUAGAGCGUCUUUCGGUCCCAAAUGGAAAGGCACCGCCACUAGAUGCUGCAUUCUCUUCGGUUACGUCUGAAUUCGCUGAAAUAAACUCAGUCGAUCACACCGUAAAAGAAAGUAUCGUAGCACAAUCUCAAGACAUAGUGGACAUACAGGACGGUACAAAAAGUGAAAGCAAACCCAAGAAAAGUAAAAAGAAAUCUAAAGCAAAACAAGAGAAGGCAGAAGCUUCCAACGACAUAGCAGCAGUUGAAGACUGUUCGAAUUCAUAUGAUACUUUAUCAAAAACAACUCCGGUGAGUCAGAAAGUUUCCACAAUGUCUUCUGUCGACUCUCAGGCCAAUGAAGUACACUCAGAGAAUAUUCCGAAUACGGCGAAUACGAUUCCGGUUAAUGAAGAAGAACGGAACUUGUGUUUUGCACUGGAUCAACAUAAGUCUCUUGAAUUAAAGCCUACUAAUAAGGUUGUAUUAAUAACUCACGAAGAAACUAAAAUGUCUCCUGUGGUUACUUUAAAAAUGGAAUUUGUUCAAACUCCUGUUGAAGUAAUUAAACACAUCCAAAAGGGAAAUAUUGAAGAAUUUGAAGAAUUUGACCAUUUGACAUCACUUACCGAACGUGUAGUGGAAACAACUGUAAAACACAGUACAAACACAGCCUCGAAACAGUUAGAAAUGAACGAAACUCUGGUAAAUAAACUCGAGAAAGUUGGCGUUGAAGCAAAGCAAUCGUUGCCACUAAAUAUUGUCGAAACAAUUUUAAAGGAUAAAUCAGAAAUAAAACUGCAACAAGUGAGCGAAAAAUUACUUAAAAACUUGGAAAAAGAAUCGUGCAAGACGAUAAAUUCAGUCGAUCCAGCAUAUAAAAACGUAGCAACAGACCCAGGUAGUCUAAUAAUUCAAGAAACUCACGAAGAACACGAAAGAGACGUCGUAAUAAAUACGGAAUAUGAAAUGAAAGCCGUAAGGCAUAUAGACGCCGAAGACGCACGGGUAAAAAUCGAUAAGUCUCAAGACAUUAUAACAAAUAAAUUGCCAAAUAAUGAUGUUUUCGAAAUAUCGCUAAAGCACGACUAUAAAAAUAUUUGGCCAGAAGAUAUGCCUAGGGACACAGAAGUUAAAAUUGAUAGCACGUGUGUAAAAAGCAAAACUCAUAAAACUUCAUUUGAAGAACUGAAAGUUAAUUUACGAAAAUUUCUUGAAAAUGAGUGCCGCUCGAAUCAAUUAAAUUUUACUGAUUCAGAUAUGAAUUUCGAGCAAGUGAUUUUCGGUUCCGUUAAACAGAGACCACCGAAAAAAGGACGAAAAGAGAAAACAACGAAAAAUGAAAAACCACAAAACGUUGAGAUCGAACCCAAAAAUGAAGAUAAAUCGAAACGCCAUGGAAUGCCAGCGGAAUUUAUUCUAAAUGAUGAACCGAAACUCGACGAAGUCGAUUCGAAAUCAGUUCAGAAUAAUUUUCAGUUGUCAAAUUAUUUGUCAUUGUCAACCACAAACUCUGAUGUCUUAAGUGAAGUCAAUAAUAUUCCGGAAACUAUGUCUGAUGAAACUCUAUUAAAGGAAGAAACGGCAAAAGAUACAAUUAGCAUCCAAGAAUCAGUACUAACUUCGGAUAUUAAAGAAUGUAAAAAUAAAACGGUAUCAGAAGAAAAAGACGAAAACCAGUUAAAAAUCAAUACGCAAAUAGACCCUGUCUCAACACAACAGGAUCAAUUGGUAUCCGGCAGUACCCCAUUACCUGAUAUUUGUUACCUUUUGCCCGAAUUGCCUCCUUUGGAAAAAAUUCAAAAACCAUCUACUGUAGAAAAUAACUUAAAUGAUAUCUUGACUCAAUUAAAAGCGGAGACUUUAGAGAAGUAUAAACCUGAACUCAAAGGCGUAUCGUCCACUAGUAAUGCCGAACCCCAAAUCGAACAAGCAAAAUGUAUGCCCGACCAACAAGACUCAUGCAAAGAAAUUAAGAAACCAAAAAAGAAAAAGAAAAAAUCAGUUUCUUUUGAAGAAAUCCCAAAGGUAAUCCACAUCAAAGAAGAACAACUUGUAGAACAUAUUGGGCAAUCAAAUUCUGAAGACACCGAACUAGCAAGCGAAUUUAUAUUUGUUCCAAAUCCUAGCGACGAAUUGCUGCAAAAUGUCUUUGAGAAUGAACAAUCACAAGAUGAUGCCAACAAAAAUAGAGACAUUGAAACUACUGACAAAACAGACUUUAAGGAAUCUCAGUCGAUGCAAAUAUACCACAAGCCGGAAUCGGGCGAUUGGACGGAACUUACUGAAGAAAUUGCUGAAAAUCUCAAUUCUAGCACAAUUGAAAUUCUAGAAAGUAAAGACCAACCUUCCAGAAAGGCAUGUAAGCGAUUAAUAUCAAACGAAUCAACUCACCAAAUGAAAACAAGUACAGAAAAUACAGUAAUUGGUGAAAACCUGUUGACUAAGUCUUUGCAGUCUUUGCAACAGCUCAAUCAAAACCAGAACGACCAAGAAUUAGGAAUUCAGAAAACAAAAGGUUUCCAAGAGGAUUCGGCCAGGCAUCUUCAAAACUACUCCGAUCUAGAAAGAAAACACAUAGAACAACGUGUAGAAGACGUUCCAUUCGAACAGACAAAUACAAAAAUAGAAAAUAAAGAACCGAAAGAAGCACAUAAAAGAGAUAAAAAAAAGAAACAUAAGAAAAAGAACAUUGCUAAGGAAAUUGUUAUGUCUGAAGAAAUUGUCCGGGUUCCCGAAGCAAAUCAAACUAGCACUUCAAAUUUUAUAGAUAACGAGACAGAAGCAAUACUUCAAAAAACUGAGCAUAUUGAAGCAACGGAAAUUAUCUCAAAGCCAGACGCUCCAUCGGAUUACAUUACUAAAAACUGUGAAAUGAUCGUUGAUCUAAAUGGAACAACAAAGCAAACUACCGUUGAAGCAUUAGAUCUUCCGAGGGAGAUAUCUGCUGAUACGGGCGAAAGUGAUAUUAACUUACAACGUUGGCCUAGUGUUGAAGAUUUAGUAUCUAACGUAGACAUCAAGCCGUUUUCUUCGUUCGAAAUUUGUCCCGAAGAUCAAGAAACAAAACAAUUUAUUAAAAUACUGACAACGGAAGUCACCGAACAACAGAAUAAAAUUAAUAUUUCCGUGGAGCCAUCUUCAACGCAAACUGACUUUGAAACAGAUAAAUUAGAAAAGAAAACUGAAUAUAAAGGUUUGCCUCUCGAUGAAACCAGUACCAUUUCGUUGGACAUUUUAGAUGAACCACCUAUAUUUUCCGAGAAGGAAAUGACAGAUGACAAUAUGAUUACACAAAAUUUGGAAAAACAUGCGGAAGGAAUGGAUGCUCAGAAGGUUAUAUCAGAUGUCACAAAAGAAAGUCACCGAUCGAUUGAAAUUGGAAAGGGCGUGGAAAAUGGAAAACAUGGACACAAAAAAGCAAAAAAGAAUAAACACAAGAAGAAUAUAUCUGUUGAUAAAAGUGCUUCGAACGAGGAAACUGAAGUGAAAAAUAUUUACAGUAAAGAAUCUGGAGAACAGGAGGUAAAAAAAAUGAGACGUUAUGCUAGCAUUGUAGCAUCAAAUCUUCCAUCAGAGCAAUGUAAAUUUGAAGACGGAAAAAACAUAGCCGGUCACAAAUUGCAUAAGAUUGGUUCAUUACAAGACCAAACCAAACUGGAAAUUCAGAAUCCGAGUAAUAAAGAGGACCUGAAGCAACAGACUGAGUCCAAAAUCAAAGAAUCAAACACCGGGGUUAUGGGACCGAGUAGUAGUCAGAUUGCCGAAAUGAAUACUGAGGUUGUUCACAAGAUUGGCAAGGAUAUUAAGGAAUCUCAGAAGAAUGUUGAAUCAAACGCCCUCAGUUGGGCCAGCAUUACAGCUAAUAAAGCCGAGUUGCCCAAAAACAAUGAUCAAAUUGCGUUUGGACAAAUGAAACCUAAGGAGGACAUUAUUGCAGAAAACAAGGAACCUGUAAAUUACUCGCCUUCUUAUGCCACUGAAAAUGACACAAAACGUUCAAUUAAAAGUAAACAUGAAGAAACAGAAGCAGAUGAUAAGUCUGAAUUUGUAGAAAUAACAAAUUCCGAACAUAUUUUGCCUGAAGAUGACCAAUCCUUAAAAAAUAAUAAUACAUUAAUCAAUAAAAAUUUGCAGAGUAUCAAUCUUGCAUUAAACACCUCCGAAUCAAGAGAAGCAAUAUCAACCGAAAUAUAUGUCCUACAAGAUAAAAACUUUAAAACUUCAAACAUCGCAGAUGAAAAAACAUACUUAGACGACACAACAAAACCUACCGAGCUUCGUAGAUGGGCAAGUGUCGUAGGUUCCAAAGAAACACCGAAACAAAUUGUUCCUCCAUCGGACAACACAGGGAUUAAGAAACCCCAAGCUCCCAAAAUUGUAGAAGUUCCGAUACUUGACAACAAAGGCCCCAAAGGAAAGCACAGGAAGAAAAUUACGGAAGACCUAGAAUUGGAAAUAUCCGAAAACGAAAUGUCACUCCAAGAAGUCUCUUUCCAACAGCCUCAAAUUAUUACAGAACAAAAGAGCGAUCAUGAAAAAAUUGUCGAAUCUAGCCAGGAUGAAUCCUCGCCAGAUAAAAAGAAAUCCAAAAAGAAAAAGCACAAGAAAAAACAACCCAAAGUAAAAGAGGUAAAACCUGCUUUCGUAGUGACCGAAGAAAUUCGAAUAAUUGCUGAUUCGCCGGUGAUAGCAGCAGAAGAACCAUCUGCUCCUAAGAAGAAAAAAAGCAAAGAAAAGAAAGUCAACGCAAACCGCGAUGAUAGAGAAGAACUGUUAAACAAAACUAAAGACGUUGCUACAGCUUUUGAAAGUUUGGUAAUGGCGUCUAGUAUAGAUGAGACCAAAGGAAAAUUAGUUAUCGCGACUAGUAUUAAAGAUGACGAUCAAGAGACAGAUAACAAUGAAAAAGAAUUAUGCGAAAACAUGAAAGACAGAAAUGAAGAUCACGUAAAAAUAAAUAAAACUUUGCCAGUAGAAGAAGCCAGUAGCACUUGCAAGAAUAUUUUAGAUGACACUGUCAACCAUAAGCAAAUAGAGUCUAUAGAUGAAACAUCUAAAGACUUAGUAAAACCUGCAGCACUAGAGGAAACCACCGGCGCAUUUCUACAUAUUGUGGACCAACCUCCUAUAUUUUCUGAUGAAAAAGAACUUUGCAUGGGAGAGAAAAUAUCGGUCGUUGAAAAUAAUGAGACACAUAAAGAUUUAGAAACAUUUGAAAAUGAGUUUAAAACACAAAAAAUAGAUUGCAAAAUUUUGCCUUCCAAUGAAACUAGUACUGCUUUCCAGGAUAUUGGCGAGGAGGCGAUAUCAGAUUCCGAUGACAAAAAUAAAUUUCCCUCAGUUAACACGAAUAUAAUAUCCAACGGCUUGAAUCAGAAAAUUGAAUAUAAAGGGUUACCGCUAGAUGAAACUAGCGGCGCAUUUCUAGAAGUUUUGGACGAACCUCCUGUAUUUUCUGAUGAAAAAGAACCUUGCGCUGAAACUAUUCUAAUUUCUUAUGAAACGAAGCCUAGUAAUACCGCUGAGUCAUAUGUCGAUGACGAAUCAGGUGAUAGUUCCUGGGAAAUUCUGGAUGAAGUGCUAGUACCUUCUAAUAAGAACGAGCAAACAGGAUUAGCAACUGAAAUAAUACCUGCUGUAAACGCGGAGGACAAAACAGAAAGCCCUAUCAAUGAUACUUUUGAAAUUUUAUCUUCGGAUAUAAACAUAGUAGCACCCAAGCAUGUUGAAACGAUGCCCCGGCAAAUGGAGGAAAUCUUAACAAUUGAUGAUAUACCAAAAUCUGAAGAAAACAAAAUAACGGUACAUCCGUCGUUAGAAAUUGUAACAAGCGAAAUCAAAAUUGUAACUCCAAAACUUUGUGAGAACGUUAGCAUAAAGAACGAAAUCGAUAUAUUAAAUCCUGCUAUCGAGUCUGACAUUGUUUGGAGUUGGGAAGAGGGUUUCCACCCAGACCACGACCCAUCCGAGAUAUCAAUUCAGCAUCCUUUCAAUAUUUCCGAUAAUACUUUGAAUAAAGAAGGAAUCAAUUAUUCUGAGUACGACAUAGCAGAAAAGACACCGAUUGUAGUAAAAUCUGAAAUCUCUCUCGAUUCGAAAGAUGACACUGAAGUGGCCGCGUGGAGUUGGGAGGAAGGUUUUACACACAGUUGUACAGAAACUAAGGAUAUUCUGUCUGGAGAUUUAACAUCAACUGAACGCGGAAAAUUUUAUUACGAGACAUUUACUCCCGUUACAGAAGUAACGAAAUUUCUGGUGAGUACUCAAGAACUAUCCCCAGAAAGCGAUGUUCAACAAAAUCCAAUUCAGACAUUUUCGCAAAAAAUAGAUGAACAGGUGGGAAAUGCCGAAAAAGCAAAACACAAGCAAAUGUCGUUAGAACAAAAAACAAUAGAUGAAAUAAAAAAUCCAGCUAAUGACACAAACACUCCUAAAAAACCCAACACCGACACGAUCAUUAAAGUUGAGGAAAAAAUGCAAGAUGCAUGCCUGAGAUUAUCACUUAAUACAGAAGAAGAUCUCGUGAAAUACGAUAUACUCCUCCUAUUAGAAGCUGAGAAAUUAUGGCACGAAAACAAGUCGACAAAAGAAGCAAAUGCAAAAGAAAUAGAAUUAUAUGACUCUUUUUAUAAUAAAUUUGUAUAUUACGAAACCAAUUUAUUACUAAAUUUAGAAUCUUCUUGGCAUGAAAAUAAUGUUAGGAAGUUUAAAGAAAUAGACAUUGCUGAGUCUAAAGGAGAAGAGCAAGAUGUAAAGCUUCAAACUAACGAAACAGAGGAGGUCGUUCCUGCAGGAGUUUAUCAAUUAAUUGAAAAAAGGGAGACAGUUAAAGAAAUUGAGACAGGCGUGGAUUUAGUUCCAAUAGCCAUUUUGACUGCUGAGGAGCAAAUAACUAAUCAAGAAAAGCACGAAUUGAAAGUUGAUGAACAAGAAGUUCAACUUAACCAUUUCGAAAAUAGUUCCUUGGAGGCUAGAGAACAUCGGUCAAGUUCUGAGUUUGAUAUUGUGGAGAAGGUGGUCUACGUAAAUAGGCGCGAAAUAGAAAAUGACGUAAAACAUAUUGAGCCCAUUCUAGAACAAAUAAAUGUUGAUCAACCAAACGUAAACAAUUUAAUAGACUCUAAAACCGAACAACUUGAGUCAGUCUGGACUCCUAACGAAAAAAAGGCGCCUGAAGAAAUAGAUGAAAAUUUAGUAGCGAAUGCUGCAGUAGAAGAUCAGAUACCCGAAGAAAAUCAAAACGAGCCUAUAUCGCGCGUUCAAAUUGCUGCAACAACGCAAUAUAUGGAACAAACAAUUAGUGAAAAAGGGAAUUCACUGAAGGAAACCCAGUUAUCUGACGAAUUUUUGAAUAUAACGCAAGGAGAAUUUGUGAGACAUUACGAUAAUGCGGGCACCCAGUUAACAACCGACACGCUAUUGCAUAAAACUGAAAAACAAUAUUCCUUGUCGCCCGACUCCCCUGAAUUUAUCCCUCAAAGGCCUGCUGAUAACUCGCACGUCGAAACUUCUGAAACAUUUGCAAUUCAAGAAAUUCCUACUGCCGAACCUAAAAAUGAAAUUCAUUCUGAAUUCGAAAAAAUUGUCGAAAAAGCAACCGAAUUUGUUCCCAAAUCAGACGCGUUCUUAAUGAAAGACCCUCGCCUCAAUCCUAAUGCCGCCGAAUUUGUGCCUAUAACUGAACACAAUACUAUCAACCCUGGGUAUGUGGCUUUUGAGCCUGUCCAAGAAAAAAAUUACGAACCGGCCACUUGGCAAUACGGCAAAGCUGUUUAUGACGUUGGCGAAGAUUCUGAUAGAUACGAAAUACCACCUGAUCAUGCUAGUAAUAUAUGGGUAAAUGCGAUUCUCAAAGAACCACAAGAAAAUUUUAAAGUCGCAGAGGAGGUUGAGGCUGCAAAAUUACCUAAGGUAACUCAACCACACAUGGCGAACUAUAUUGAGCAGAACGAAGACAGGGAACGGUUAUUGCUGUUACCUCAAAAUAUUAUUUCCGAAUUACAAACAAGCAAGUCUCCUGAAAUUAUCCCUACUACUACAACCGUAUCCUUGACAACAUCGCAGUUAAUAUCGGAACAAGCGUCUUCCAAAUGCGAACAAGACAUUCAUUCUACAGUUGAAAUAACACAAUUGCCGACGAGUCAGGAAUUUAUUAAACAAGAAUCAGUUCAACUUCCUGGUUCUGCACAAGUGCACCCCAAAGAAGAAUCGAUAGACCACAAAUCCAUCGAGACCGAGUUAGACAAUACACAGUCUGAAGCGUGCGAUCCUCCUCUCAAAUCUGACAAUUUGGAGGAAACGACAAACAUAUGGCAAACGCUUUCAAAAUCAGGCAAAACUUAUGCAGAUGUUGUUGCUUCUAACGUCCCUGAAACUGAAAAGGCCAAUUGCCUUAUCGCUCCCGAAUUAUCUCAAAUUUUGGAAGUACCUGUCGAAAUUACUGUCACCGUAUCGGACAUACUUUCGAAUGAAGCCGACACUAAUACGAAUAAAGACGAUUUUAUUCAAGUGCGUUCAAGAGAAAAGAAACCGAGCUCUAAAUCAAAUUCGACAUCCAUGCAGGGCACGCUUGAGGUAUCCGACACCGAAGAAAACUUGGUAAAGGGGUCUCGAAAAUCUAGACAAAGGCAUAGGGAGUGCCAACCUUCAAUAAAAUUUCAAGAGUCGGAAUCAGUUAAAUUAGUGGAUGCUGAUGCGCCGGAAGAACCACCUACCACCGAAACAACCAUUUUAGAGCAAAACUCUAAAACUAUUACUUAUGCAACUGUACUAGCUUUUAGUAGAGACAGUUCUCCUUUGUCUUCAACGAUAGAAGAUAAAAAAAUCAAACAACCUGAAACGGAUCAAGAAAUUAUGCAAAAAAAAGUAAUAGAAAAACAGCCUAAAAAAUUAAAAUCAAAGCAGAAAGCCAAAACAAUUGUUGAUGUUGUAAAUGUUACUAAUCAAAAGGAAAUUCCCAUUGCAUCAUUAGGAGAUAGUGAUUCAAUUGAAAAACUAGAUCAAAUGACUGAAAAGUGUACGACUACAGAAGAACAAAACUAUGAUCUUGUGGAUGACAAAGUUACCUACGCAACGGUUACAAAAUUAUCAAAAAGUAGGGAAACAUCUUUAGAAAAAACGCAUUCCUCUGUGAACGUCGCCGUGGAGAGCAUCCAAUUGAAAGAAAAUAUGAACUUGACUGAGGAGAGAAAACGAGAAAUGCAGCCAACUCAAAUCACUGAAGAGCAAUUGUCCUCAGAAAAUGACUCGCAAAUCAGCGCAACAAAAAAACAAUCUGAAAAAAAUGUGCUGCCAGAAUGCGUCGAAGCAAUAGACCAAGUUCUACCCUCGGACCACAUAACAUAUGCCAAAGUUCUAGUGGUGGGCAAAAAGAAAAACAAAUAUAGUGCACUGUCAGAUACUGGUGAUUCUGCCGAGUCGAGUCCCGAAAGGUUUGAUGCCCAGGUAAUUCCAGCACAAAAGCCUCAGCCGUCCCAAGCUGAAGAGCAACGUUCUUUUAACAAGCUUGUAGAAAUAACCGUUACCGAUAAUACUACAAACGAACCUAAACAGCUUGAAGUUCCAAAAACCAAAAGCCGAAAACACAGGUCACGAUCUAAAAAUAUAGAAGAACCAAGUUUAGCGGAGACAAUCACUACCAUUAAAGGUGAUGACAAAUUUAACCCUAUAGAACCUCCAACGCUGCAAACACCAUCAAGAACAUGGGCUUCACUUCUAAAAUCGGAAAGUGGCGAAGAUUCCAAAACAGAAAAAGAAUCUAUCGGUGAACAAAAGGCUGAAAUCGAUAGAAUUGAAAGAAAUAAAGAGAGCGAAGAAAAACGAGGUGUAUUUACUUCCAUAUUGUCUUCAGUUAAGGGAAUUGUUACAGGCAAAAAGGGCACAUCUGAGAAAGAAGGUAACACCACGAACAAAAAGAAGCUCAAGAGCAAAAGCAAAGAUUUGAAUGAAUUGUCACCAAAUUCCAAAACACGUUCAACAUAUACAGAGCCAUUUGUAAUAAAUGAAAAGAAUACUACAGAAUGCACCAAUUUGCCAUCUACAGCGCAGGACGAAUGUUCAUGCUCUGAAGGUAUUCGCUCCGCUAACGAACCAGAAACUACCCUCGAUACCGAACCCAUAUCAUCUAGCGACAAAAUACUUCCCCAUGAACCAGAAUAUAGGGUAGAGGAUAUAACCAAAAAUACAUCUGAAGAUCAACGUGAAUUUCAAACGUUACGUGAAAGUCUGAAAUUUCAACAACAUAUAUGUGCAAACCUCAACGAACAAAUGAAUCCUCUUAACAAUAAAGACAAUCUUCACGCUUACUCUAAUAAUCAGAAACCACAGGAUAUCUCCAAUCAAUUUAUUGCCCACGAACGAAACUCUCCUCAACUAGAAGACAAAGAACCCUUACCCAAUACCAAAGACGGUAAGGAAAGCAAGAGUAAAAAACGAAAAGAGAAGGUACGAAAUCAAAAGUCAUAUGAAUCUGAUAAGAGUGAUGUAAAUGAUAAAGCGUCGAAUGAGCCGACAGUUCCCGAGAUAGACUGCUUAAAAGGUGAAGUGACCACGGAUUCCAUUAAACAGGAAUUACAGGAGCACCAAUUGUCUGCGAACGAGCACAGUGCUUUUCAACAAAUGGUGGAAAAUAUUCCUGAUGCGAGGAAAUCUGAUGCAGAUGAAACCUCAAAGAAAAGUAAAAAACGCAAAGACAAACACAAAAAAGAAAAAUCUAAUGAAUCUGAUAAGGGUGGAUUUAUCCAAACAAUAGUAACUAAAAUCUCUGACGUAUUCUCCCCAAAAAAAUCUAAAAAAAUUAGCACCCCGGUCGAUAAAACUGCUGGAAGACAUCUAGCGAAAAAUAUUGAACUUGAUGACUCAUUUUGGAUUUCUAAAUACGUUUAUGAAGAAGCUGAGGAGAACUGGUAUGCUAAAUACCAGAAGCCACAAGAACCGAUAUUGAAAAAGAAAAUUGACUCGGUGGAAGUAUUAACUGCCAACCUGACAAUGGACUCAUUUUGGGUGACGAAAGCAAUAUAUGAUGACGCUGAAGAAAAGUGGUUCCUUGAACUCAGUCAACAAAAGAAAGAACAAAGUAGUUCUUACAUAGAUAGUUUGCCAGAUGACUCAAAUGACAGAGAUGGCGAUUCGGAUAAAUCCAGUGGACGAAACUCACCCAGAAAUGAUUCAGGAGAUCCAGAUAGUUCAAAGGAAGUCAAUUCUGAAUUUUUAAUAUAUAACUUGCCAGGGGGCAUAGCAGGUUGGAAAGACAAAAGCACAUAUUUAUCUCUUGAACCGGUUAAAGAUUUUAGCGAAGACAGUCUUUCUGAAUAUUGCGUGGCGGAUGACCUAAGUAAAACAUCAAUAGACCAAUUUAAAGACAUAUCGUUCCAAAGUGAUUCGGGUUUCGCCGCGAUAACGGAAACCAAAGACAAUAGUUUAAUUGACGAUAAUUCCUUCCAUUCCCUAUCCGAACCUCUAGGGCCCCAAAUGCAGCCAUCAACCACUACAGAGACCGAGUCCAACAAACAACGGAAGAAGGGUUUUAUCAACGAUGUGCAUAAACUUCAACAAUCGCUUACCGCAACCGAAAGCUCAAUAUGCUGUUGGUCCAGUGAAAAUUUCGACGAAAUGCUUGGAGCCUUAGAGAACAUCACAAGCGAUCUGAAAAAGCAUGCUACCGAAGCUAUACGCCUCGAAGGCCAAGUUAAUCUCCUAGGAGCCGAUUAUGAAAUCAAAGAAUUGGAAGCACAUUUAGCAGGCAUAAGAACCAGAAUCGCAACACUGUUAUCCCAGGCAGAAAACGGUAGAAUUUUGGUGAUGAGUGCACGUGAUGCUAGCGUCAAGAAGCAACAACAAAUCAAUGAAUAUCGACAAUUAUUAACCGAAACAGAAAACUGGCUAAAAACUACAGCAGAUACAAUCAGAAGUUUCUCUCAGCCAAAGGACGAACAACAAGCAGAAAAUUAUAUUAUUCGCUGUAGGGUACUUAGCAACGAAUUGAAUGAAAAUGAAAAUAAACUUAUAAAAUUAAAAAAGACUUGCGAAGAGUUAAAAAAGUAUUCGGACCUACAGUCUCUUGUAAUUACGCUAUUGGAACACCUGGAAGAGGUAAUCGUCCUAAUCACAGACCAAAAAUUCAUAGCAAAUACUAGAAUCAGAGCCUUACAAACAGAAUUAUUAAAAUUGCAAGAGCCAUUAAAAACACCCGACUUAUCCCUUGAAGCUACUUUGGAUUCGAGUUCUAUGCCAAUAGAAGAAAUACAAAUUCACGCGGAUAUCAAAAAGACUACAGAAAAUUUUAUCGCCGUUGAGAAGGUGCCUUCUGUAGUGCACAUAGAAACUCAAACUGGAAGAAGUUUGGCGUCUCCUAUUCCUUCACAAAACGAACCCCCGACGAAAGAUUUUUCUGUUGAUUAUAACGAGCCCGUAGACGUGGAGAUACAGACCCAAAUGUCGCAAUCAUCAAAUGGAGCGGAACCAAUACAAAAGGAAACGAUCACAAUUUCGAAACGCACUUCUGGUGCUCAGGAAACCAUUCAAAUAGCAACCAAGCCUAUGACGGACCCUCAACCCAUCGUAGAGGAGCCGGACGACCUAUUCGUGGAAGCCAAUUACAAACGACGACCUGAGUCUGAAACGAAAUUUGCCGAACUCAAUAUUAACGCUCAACCAAAUCAGCCAUUUGAAACGGUAUUUGUAGAACCUGAUGAAACUACCACAGAAGUUAUAGUGGACGCAGAUGGAAGCAAAAGAAUUAUAGUUAAAAAACUCCACAGAACAGUAGUUAGACAGCAACAGUCCUUGCAAAAACAACAAUAUACAACGUUACAUACUCUUAGUGAAGGAGACGGGCCUGCAAUAGCUCAGUCAUUUUCUCAAAUCACUUUGCAAGGUCAACAGAGCACUACAUCAAUCGCUAAAGGUGAUGGCAGAAAAGAAACAUUAACGUCUCAACAAUUUGGAGGAAAAGUUAUGUCAGGUGUUGAUGGAGGGGAUAUUGAAGUGAGAGAAUUUCAAACUGAACCGGAAAUGCAUUACACAGUGUUGGAGGGAUCAAAUAAUCCAGAUGAAGUCAAGCCGGAAGGCUUGAAUCUUCACAAAGGCGACAUUGCGCUAGUCGACAGUGAAUUUAAUAAAAUAGUUCCAAUAGACGAAGCUAAUCUCGUUAUGGAUGAAAGUAAGAUAUGCACCUCAAGCUCAAGUGUAAAAGCAGUAGUUCAACAAGUUACUAGAAGAAUAAUAAGAAAAACUAGGAGAAUAAUUCGAAGAACAGUAAUUAUUGACGGCAAAGAACAUGUAACUGAGGAAGUUAUUGAAGAGCCUGAAGAAGUAGAAGUUACAGAAGAAGGGAUACCGAGGGUGAGUAUAAAUGUCACCCGAACAGAAGAUGGAAAAAUUGUUCAAGAACAGCAUUUUGGAGACACUCAAUUUGAACAUCCCGAAAUUCCAAUUAGCCAACAAACUAAAAGCAUAAUUCUGAGACCAGAUGGACAAUCUGUACCCACACCUUUAUCAACUGACAUAAAACCAGAGGAUGAAAUAUCUAUAGAUGAUCCAAAUAAAGUAUCUGUGCAAGAACAAAAGCUGAGGUACGUGGUAGAGCAAAAUUUAGUUCAUGAGCACAAAGCACAACAAAUUGCACAGAAAGUAGACCCUACAAUUAGCUCUACUAUUAUCAGUGACUUCAUUGAGAGUGAGAGGGUAUCCUAUAGUCCACCAAUUAGUAGUAAAGUUGACGCACCACAAGUUUUUGAAUCAACACCUAAUAUCAAAGGAAAGAGUAAAAAUACCAAAAAGGCUCCGAAAGACGAGCCUCCAGCAGAACAUAAAUCUGAUGAAAGUAGUCAUAUGGUUGAAGUAGAUACUCUCACCUCCACUGAGGAACCAGCACCUACAACUUUUCCAGAAAGGAAUAAAAAGACCAAAACGGCUCCAAAAGACGAGCCUCCAACAGAACAUAAAUCUCUUGAAAGUAGUCAUAUUGUUGAAGUAGACACCCUCUCUUCCACUGAGGAGCCUCUAAAAGAACAUAAAUUUGAUGAAAUUAUUUCUAUUAUUCAAGUAGACACUCUCCCUCUUACUGAACACAUCAUUUCCGCUACAAUCAUGGAUGAAAAGCAGCCCUUAGAGGACACCGUAUCUAAGGAUGAAAAUUUGACCAUACCACUAUUUGAGGUAACUUGCGAACCUCAUUCAACAGUCGUACAAGAAUUUAUUACCAGUGAAACUCAGGAAAUUAGCUCAAGACCCUCGCCCAAAACAAAAAAACGCAGAUUUUCGAAAACCAAAAAAGGAUCCGCUACUCCACGAAUACAAAGUCCUGUUGAAGACACUUCCUCACAACUGGCUGAAAAUGAACCUGAAACAAUUAGUGUAAUACCCAAAGAAAACCUAGGAAACUAUCCAGUAAAUCCUGAAAUUAAUGCAGUUAUUACUCAGGAGAAGCCACUUGACGACUUGGAAGAAAAACAACCCAACAUUUCAAAAAUUGUCAUUCAAACCGCUGUUGAUAGUGACAGACAAGACAACUCGACAAAUAUUUUGAACGUUCUAGAAAGUGAAACAAAAUUAAUGGUUGAAGAAUUGGAACGUCCCAAAGUUGAAGCAAAUUCUGAGAAGUUAGAAGUAGAUAAAUUUGUGGAUAUAAGCAAAAUAGUUCAGUCGGAGAUCCAUGCAAUUGUAUCAGAAUUGCCUGAGCCUUCGAUUGAAAUAAAAGCUGCCGAAAAGAUCACUUUAAAUAAAACUGAAUUUGCAUCAUUAGAACAAGAUUCGGAAAUAUCACCAGCAGCUCCUAUUACUGUAGCUAAAUCAGUUCUUCCAGAAUCAAACACAAUUGUCGACAAAACGGUAAAUAUGGAGUCGAAAGGUGAUAUUGACUUAGAGAUAUUAACUGCUUCCAAACCAACCGGCGGUAGCGCAACCGCCGUUGAAGUUGAAUUUACUAAUUUGGAAUACGAACCAAUGAACAAAGAGGACCUUAUACCAGAAAAAGUUGUUGCAGAAAAGGCGGACAAAACUGCGGAUAAUGAUACAAGAGACAAGAAACCUGCACAAAAAAAUAAAUCGCCAUCAGACAAUAUUUCAAGGAAACCAGUAACCUUUAAAAUUGAAAAACCUGCGAAACAAAUACAAACCUCCAUCGACACUCCCCUACAGGAGGCAAGUUCUCAGGAAACUACUAAAGAUAUAGAUAUUAGUAACCUCAAAUUAGGCUUACAAUCCACAGUCACUUCAAGUUCUACAGAAAUCGAAAAUGUCGGACCACCAGUUCUUCAAGAAUCGACCAUCGAUAGUCACGAAAAUCAUCAAAACACAACGAAAUUAAUCACCGAACCUUCCCAGAAUGUUCAAAUUACACUUUCGUUAGAGGAAAAAUCAAGCAAAUUUGAUGAGGAGGCCGGCAAAUCGGUUACGGAAACUGACAACUCAAAACUAACAUCGAUAACAGAUUUCCUAGAUAAUGAAAGGAAUAACAUUGAAAUGGCCUUAAACUUACAAGAAAAAGGUACCCGGCAUCCUGAUGAAGUCACGAAAAAGUUUAAGCCUGCUCAGAAGGUGGAAUUUGAUCUGUUUUUAGAAGAGAGGCAAAUGGACCCCGAAAUCUCAACGCCCAAAAUAUCUGUUAGUAGCAAACAAGAAGAACAAAUUAUCUCAAAAGAAAUCAAUAUUCAGCUACCAAACGUUCCUGACAUAAAAAGGGAAGAUGGUUUUGAAGUAACUUCAAAUAAAUUUAUCAGAUCAGAAAUAAUCACACCUGUCAUUCCGAAAGCCGAAAGUGAUCAUGAAGAACCAUCAACGCCCAGUGAUAUAGACCAUGGGGGUAGGAAAAGUAAAAAGAAAAAGAAACACAAAAGCACCAGUUCGAGCCCUAUUCAAGUUGAACACCACGUUGUAACUAAAGACGAAUCAGCAACGAAUUCUUUGGCGGAGUCAACUGAAAUUGUUAUAACAGAUUACUCUCAACUUUCUGAAGAAACUCCUAAACCGACCAUAGAAAAUUUGGAUACUAUCGUUAUCGAAACUGAUACUGAAGUUUCAGACAAGGCUCGAGACACCGGUUAUGAAGCGGAUAAGACUACAUUAGAUGAAAGUUUCACAGAAGAGCCUGAUCAAGAAAAGAAAAAAAGACGCAAAAAGAAACGCGGUCAAAAAAUUAAAGUUAAGGAUUCAGAAGAAUCAUAUAUUCCGCAGUCCGCAUACGAAUCUUCUCAUGGUGAAUCUAUACCUUUAACAGAUGACGAUGUUAAAAGGGAAUCAACCGGAAAAACUGAAGAAGCAUCAAAAAAAUCAAAAAAACGUAGGAAGGGUAAAAAGAAAUGUGAGGAAUCUGAUGCACAACCGUUGACCGAAGAAGAAAUUGAUGAAGAGCAUGAAACAGCUGAAGUUGACUCUACGGAAGCGGAAGGUUCACCUAAAACUCAUCCCAUUGCUUUCCUAGCUCAGAACGAAACAUUGGCAUCUCCUACCGAAUCAGUUGAUACGUUAUCAACGCAAACAGAACCAAGAACAGUUAGAAUUAUAGAGGAGAAAAUUUUAAGCAGACCGGCUAGUGAAUCUCCUCAAAAUAUUGUCACGGAAAUAGUUAAAACAGUGCCGGUUUUAGAAACAGUUUUAACUCAAGAAUUUAAUACGCAAACUACCCCACUGCCUUUAUCCCCCGUAAAAUUAUCAACGGACCAAUUCAUCGUCGAGGAAAAAGCACUCGCAGAAUCAGUUUCUGCUCAAACCUCGCCCGAACCUAUUGGGGAAACUAGCCACACUUCAAUACAAACUAUUGAUAAAAUUUUUACCGAAGCAGAAGUAAUUGCUAAACCGGAGGUUGAAGAAACGGCAACCCAAGUUUUAUCUGAAGUAUCUGAGGUUAUUACACAGACUAGUCCUAACGAACAGUCUUCACUGGAAUCUGUUGGUAAAGUAACAUUAGAAGCUUCAAUUCAAACGGCAAUGCAGGAACAACAAGAAACUAUAGACGAGGAGGUACAAACAUUUAAUGGGCGUUUCACGGAAAUGUCGAAAGUUGAAUCGGCCGUUCAAACAAUUAAGCCGGAAAUUAAAGAAGAUUUUGUACAAACCAACACUCCAGAGUCGAUUUCUUCUAUGGAUAUUUCUAACCAAGCACAACCCGAAACGACCGAGUUAUCAAUUCAAACAUCACCUGAACCAGUUCAGGAACAAAUUAUAAUCAGUUCACCAAAAGAAACAACGGAAACAGUUACCCAAACCUCUCCAGUGAAGGAUAGAGGGACAGCAGAUGCAAUAGUGGUUGAAAAAGCCGAAUCAAUAACCCAGACGUCUCCCAUAGAAAAUGCAGAGGUAUGCGCUGAUCAGGUAGUUUCACAAGCUACCCAUGACAAAAUUGAAACUAGUGAAACUAUCGUUCAAACUUCGCCUGUAGGAAUAUAUGAAAUAACAGAGGUUCCAACGCCUACUUCCAAUUCGAGUAAUAUAGAAGACUACGAAAUUCAAGUUAAAGCUCUUUUGACAGUACCGACGGAUUCAUCAGAAGCAAUAAGUUUAUCUGAAAUUGCAGAACAAAAGAUUACAAAAUCAAAAGCCAAAUCUACCUCUGAUUACAGUUCACCCAGUGAAUAUUCGUCGGACGAAUUUGAUGUUCAUAUUAAAGUUGAAGAUCAGUCACACAAAUUCUUAUUAAAUGAAAGAAAAGAAGGCAGAGCCGAGAAGAAGAAAAGAAGAAAACAACCUGAACGGCGAACGGAAAAUGAACCAUUGGAUGAUAAGCAGAAGAAUUUGUUCACGGUGUUCCAUAGGCAAGCUUCAGGAUUGGAAGUUACAAAUUCUGAAAAACUCUACCCAGAGAAGCUACAGGGUUCCGUACCAUCAACUCCAAAGGCAGAAGUAUUCUCGAAAAUAAUUACCGAUUUGGAUGAUGGCAAAGUAAAACAGCUAAAGGGUAUUACUAAACCUAAUACAAAAACAGAAAAAAAUAUUUCUGAUCAAGAACAUUUCCCAAAAGAUUUCAAAGCGUCAAUCAAUAUUAACUUAAACCAACCAGAAAACAUUAAAGACGUCGAAAUUACAAGCAGAGAUCAGUUUGCAGUAAUAAAAAAUAAUGAUGCCAUACCUCAAAAGAGUGCUUUCACUGUAGAUACUGUUAUUACAGAAGCAGAACUAAAGGAAAAUACGCCUGAACCGGAUGUAUUGCAAUUCGAAGCAAAUCCAGAUGUUGUUUCAACAGUGGACUUUUUACUACAGGAAAUACAACCGGAACCAAAUACCAUUUUAAUCCAUGAUGAACCUGUCAAUCUUGAUCAGUUAGCCGAGUCCGAAUUAUCUCAAAUUACUAGAACUGAGGAAUUAAAACCGAGACGCCCAUCUAGAUCCAAAGAUAAGAACAAACACGUUCCCUCUGUAACAAUAGAGGAAAUCGAAGGGCCCGGAUCUAAAGAAGUAGUACCAUCAGUGCAUGAAAAAGGUCCAGCAACAUUUGAGGAAAUCAAUAUCAAAUGGAACCAAGCACAGUCAUUAGAAAGAAUGAAAAAUUUACAAAAUGCGAAAAAAACCACCCACUUAUCUAACAUUUUGUAUUUCGCAACAUUGAGUGAAGUGUCAACAGAUCUCAGUAUAGAACAGCGCACCGGCAAUGUUGAACAAAAUAUAGAAAUCUUGAAAGAAGCCGUUGGGAGAGGAGACGUAAUCGUUAUUCAGCAAAGCGUGAUCACCACAGUAGAAACCAUUACAACUUGGCUUGAGACAAUAGAAUACAGAAUUUAUGUAAAUCGGCAGCAAACUUCGGAUGGUCCUUCGAAGGAAAGAGUUGAGGAAUUCGUUACAUUAAAACAAGAAAUUGCAAAUAUUGAAGACAAGGUUGAUGAACUUCAGCUCGUGCUGCAAUUGGCGGAUCCAAUUUAUAACGAAGAAGACCGGGAGAGAAUGAAAAGUUACCUGGAUUCUCUUCAGCAACAAGUCAAGAUUAUCGAAGAAGUCACGGAAGAAAACGAACAGCUAGCUUCAGGUGACUUGAGGCGGUGGGAAGAUUUUAUUCACGGAGUAUCCAAUGUAUCUGAAGGAAUUCAUAUUCUACGAAGGCAACUGAGUGAUCUCAAGGAGUCUGAUGCUUCGCCGCAAACCAAACUGAAUGAAUUGGAAGAACUUGAAAACUCAAAUAGGGGUUACAUGUUAAAAUGUGUGCACCUAAUUACCACCGCCAAGAGUUUAAUGAGAGAUUUUCCUGGCAGAAAAAUACCAAAAGACGUGUACGUUAAUCACGAUUUAACUAAACAAUUAGAACAUUCAAUCACACUAGAACGAGAUAAGGCUCUCCAAUUCCUCUCUCUAGCGGACGAGUACGAACAAACUCUAAAAGAGUUCAGCCAGAUUAUAGAGAUCGCCGAAGUUUUAGUUGAAAGUUCAAUUACUGUUAAAAACUUGGAACACCUAGAAGAUGAGAUGCAGAACCAUCGCAAAUUUUUUGUCAACCUCAGUCACUGUCGAGCGAUCUUAGAAUCCCUAGAGGAGAACCUUGAUUCCGAAACAAGAACCUGCCAUUCCAAACUCCAUCAAGAUCUAUACGAACGUGCUCGAAUAAUUCUUGAUAAAUCGACAGGAAGGUUUCAACUUAUGUCUCUUGCAGCGUCUAGAUGGACGAUUCUGGAACAAGGUACCAGAGAAGAAAUGAAAUGGUUACAAGUCGCUCAGCAACGCGUGCCGGAUCUAAAUAGUGUCACGUCUUCCGAUUAUGAUAGAUAUAUCGAUCUACACCAUUCUUUAGCUGCCGACAUUGCUCAUCAUCACGGAAAACUACAACAUUUGAACGGCGUCGCUCAGAAAUUGCAAGAGCUCGUGCAAUGCGCUGGCUUAGAGCAAGCUUAUUCGGAAUCCCUGGAAAUUAUUACUAAACUUCAAGAAGAUGUGCAAAACAAUUUGACGCGACUCUUAGCAUUUGGUGAAUCGUGGACGAAUUAUAAUAUACUAAGUGACAAAAUCGAGCUCUGGUUAAAAGAUGCCCAAGUCCAGCUUAGACAGCUGGAAAUACCUUCAGGCCCUAGAGGACAUAUGAGACAAUUUUGGGAACUCAAAGCCCAACACGAAGUACACAAUGAGGCACGUCUAAAUUCCACGAAAUGCCUAGAGACGUCUCUUCAGAUUGUUCCUAUAUCAGACGAAAUGUUACAGCGCAAAUUUCAUUCGGAGUUGCAGUCAGAAUGGCAAAAAGUAACGGACAGAAUCAACGAAUUACACAAUUCAUUUAUCAGCACUAUAUCAGCACCCGAUGUGCCUGUUAACGAAAAACUUACACUACUUGAGCAAGAACUGCAAGAUCUUAAGUUAGAUAUCGACGGAUUGGGUGGAGUGAUAAAACGAGAAGAAGAAUUAAGUCUUUACGUAGAGAGACUGCAAAUUAUGUCGUCACGCUUGGAAACGAUUCAAAAUGAAUUGGGAAAACUCGGACUUUUAUCGGUCACAGAAUCCGACAAAGUCGGAACUCUCUUAGCCCUGUCCAAAAGGUUAGAGACCUCUAUUAACGAAGAACUGGAAGGAGGAAUACUAGUCAAGGAACGUCUUCAAGCAAUUCAAAAAGGUUUGACUCGGGUACGACGCAAACACUCGGAAUUAAGUAAGACCUUGGACGCAUGUGAAGGUGCCGAAAAAAUGGGCAGCGAUGCAUUGGAGAAAUCCAUUAGCGAGUGUUACGAAGUUGGCGAAGAAUUGGUAACUCUCUGGCAAGACUUAAUGGGUUUAAGGCAGCUGUUGCACACUUUACCAAUGAGGCUUAGAGCUACAGUGUCUCCAGUAAAAGUGGAGAGAGAUAUUUCUCAACUGCAGGAUGAUCACACAUCAUUGGAGAAACGAUGCGGUCAAAUAUUAGCGUUGUUGAGAAGUCGACUGGUACUUUGGCAAAGAUUCGAGCGUCAGUUGGAACUCGUACAACAAAGCGUCCAGGAAGCCGACUUCAUGAUUGAGAUUUUGACUGUUCAAGGAACUGUGGACUAUGAAAGACUAAGAAAGGCAACGGAGCGUCUAGAGAGUGUGUCGGGAGAUUUAGUUUCUCGCGAGAGUUUAGUUUCGGAACUCAAAAACGUUGCGCAGCCUUUAGCCGACACGUGCGCAGAAGAGGUGGCAUCGAAGGUCCAAGCCGCCGUAGAAGAGGCCGUCACCGCUUACAAUACCACCUGUAGCAAUUUGAAAGAACUGUGCACCAAGUAUCAGAACGCUGCCGAACUUUGGAAACGGUACAAGGAUGCAAGCGAUCUUGUAAAAGAAUGGAUUGAGAAUCCUAUGGAGUCGGUCGACGGUUUGCCCCCAGAAGAAGCACUCGCGAAAGUAAAGCACCACGAAGAAGUCCUGUCCGCUCACACGAGACGUCUCGCGGAUCUUCAGGAGUUGGUGUCCGAUAUAGCAUCGGCAGUUGGCUUGGACGCGAAAGCUUUGUUAGGCGGUGAAGUGGAAGCGCUAGGUAAACGCCUUGAGGAUGUCCGCCAGUCCCUCACGGUUCUCGCGGACAUCGCGGAGGCCAAAUCUAGGACCAAGAACGACUCCGACAACGAAAUUGCGGACACCAAGCAUUACUUAAACUCCGUGCAAAAGAGCAUCGGAGAUAUACAACAAGGUGAUCUAGAUGCAGACACCGAACAAAAGCUACAAUCAUUAAGAGACCAUAUCGUAGCUCUCGGCAAAGCGGAAUGUCAAAUUCAAAAAAUCAAGGAUAAAACUCUUGAGAUAUCGACAACAAAAACAGACACAUCUGUUGUGGAAGUUUUGGAACUUUGGCAGCAACUUUUCAGGGAAACUUUCCAACAAUAUCACAGGUUAAGCGCCAGGCUUGUCAAGAAUGAAGAUGGUGCAGCGGCUUUGCGACUGUGGCAGGAAUAUUUGUUUAACGUGCAACAAUUCCUCCAAGGAACCAUACCUGGGGAUUAUCAAAGCCUUUUCGAACAUCAACAUUUGUGUCAGGUUCAUCAAAAUCUUUUAACGACUCAACAAAAUGUUCUAAAUCCAGUCGAUUUAAAAAGCAAGCAAUUGGCUAGUGGAUUAGUCGAGUCUAGCGUUAUGGAACAGUUUAAUUCAUUGACUAAUCUUCAUAACGAAACACUAUCAAGGAUCAUGGAAAGACAUAAUGAGGUUCAAAUACGACUUGACACAUGGGAAAAAUAUAGAGCCGACCAGGGUAUGUUACUGGAGUGGUUGAAGAACUUGGAAAAGGAACGUGAACAUAUGCAGCUUAGAUAUUUACAUGUCAGACGCAUCCCAAAAGUUAUGAACAAAAUACAAAACCUAUUGGAAAAAAUUCCGCAGGGAGAUAAGCAGGCACAAGGCUUGCAAGGGCAACAAAAUAUUAUUUUGCAGUUCUGUGAUGACGCUCUGGCCACUUCCAUUAGAAUGGAACACGCUGCUAUAAAACAAAGAAUCUCUAACCUCCAAGCUGGCCUGGAAACAUGGAAGCAAUUUUUGGAACGUAUUUCGAAACUAGUCAUUACCCAUGAGGAUCGCGUGAAAGUGGUGCAAAAGUUAUUUGAUGGCAUCCAAGCUAUUAUCAAUGAAUCUCAAAGCCAGUUGCCAGCGUCGCAUGCCGGUAUUAGCAAUAGGCUAGAGAUACUUCAAAGAACAAGAGAAAGACUGAACUACGCUAUCAAAGAUUUGGAGCAGUUAGGUUUAACACAAGAGCAAUUGAAAGAGUGCCUUAGUCCGUCAGACAUAAAAACUAUCAAUCAAAGAAUGUGGCUGUGUUGGCAUCAGCAUGGUGAUCUGGAUCACCAGCUGUCGAGGAUAUGCCAUCAAUUAGAAGAAAAACUAGGAAUUAGAUCUAUGUUUGAAACCAGACAGGCAAGGUUUAUUGCCUGGGCUGAUGAAUUAGAACGACGAUUGGACCAAGAGACUGAUAAAAGCCAAAUUGAUCCAAAAGAGUUGCUACGAAAACUCGAAGUGGAGUUACAGGCAGAAAUGGCGUUAAAAGGAAGAGAAUAUGAUUGGUUGGUUAGAGUGGGAACCGAACUUGUUGAGUGUUGCGGAGAAGAAUACGCAGAUGUUACAGCAAAACAAAUCAUUCAGGCAAGGACGGAUGACGUUCAAACAAGAUGGGAGAGAUUAGAAAAUCUUGGAAAGAGUCGAGCUAACAAAAUUCACGAUACUAUUCAAACAAUGGUUCAACUGGAGGAAAGGAUACAACAGAUAAGAGCAUGGUUGAGUCAAAUCGAAGUUCAACUUGCAAAACCUGUAGUUUUUGAAUCAUAUAACAAGGAAACUAUUAACAGAAAACUUCUAGAACAUGAAAAAUUGAAAAAAUCUAUCGAGAAUGAAAGCGGCAACAUUGGCGAAAUAUUGAACUUAUGUGAGCUAUUGUUAGUUGAUUCUACCGUUUCUAGAACUCAUUUUUCCACUGAAAAUCUAACUAACGCUAUCCAAAAUCUAGAGAAAAGGUGGAAGAUUGUUUGUGGUCAAUCGGCUGAGAGAAAAAGAAUGAUUUCUUUUGUUUGGAAGUUGUUGCAAGAAGUACUUAAGCUUAGUUCAGAGCAGGAAACGUGGAUUUCAGAGAAGGAACAAAGAUUAAAAGAGUGUGAUAGGCACCUUCAAAAUCAAAAUAAAGAUGAGCUACAGCAAUUAAUUUACCAAAUCGAAAAUGAACUCAAGGAUAUAGAAUCUCGGUCACCAGCUUUGCAAAUUUUAGAACAGACAUACUCCAAAUUAGUCAGAGUAAGCGGCACUGAGCCGGAGAAUAUUCAAGAACUAACGUCACGGGCACGAGUAAUUACAGCUAGGUGGGAUAAUCUUCUUCCAAAAGCUAGAAGCAUACUUCAAGGAUUGCAAAAUGAAUUGGCACCUUUUAAAGACUUUGCUAUUGCACACGAAGACGCUGUUGUCGAAUUGAGUAAAAUCGACGGAAUGUUAACUGAACUACAACAUUUGGAAAACCCUAAAAACGUGCCAGCAAAAGAACGUCUGAAACGAUUAGAACAAUUGGAAAGUUUGUUUAGUUGUCAAACCCCCACCUUGGAGGCUGCAGAUCAACUGGGACUUGAGAUCAUGCAAAAGAGCAAGCCGGAUGAAGUGAAGCGGAUACAAGAGAUGAUAGACGAAUAUCAGGUUCUUUCUAAAGACAUUUCGGAGAGGAUAACAAUUUUGAAAACUGAACUACAAACAGAAAUUCUGACGAUUCCUAGAGAGAUUGAUGAAAGUGUACAAGUAGAGACCUUGAAGUUUGAACAAGAUACCGCCGUUCAGGUCAACACUCUUCCCCUUCAGUUACAAAGAAUGACUUCGAUCAGCGCAAAGGACGCUUAUUUGGUUGAAUUGGAAGCUGGCAUUAGUGAAUGUAAGGCAAACCUCAGCGAACUCCAAACCUUCGUAGAUAAGGAGAUCCCAAAGCAGGGUUCAUCCGAAUUACCCAUCAGCGGAAAGAAAAUGGCAAAACUUACUGCUAAGUCGCAAGCAAGCGUGGAAUUGAUUACUCAUUUGAACAAUCUGCUUCUAAAUGAAUGCAACGCAUCAACUGAAGAAGCUUGUUCUGAAGAAGUCAACACUCUUACUGAAAUAUUCCAAACUUUACUGGUUAGAGCGAAAGAAAAGGAGGAUAAACUAAGGGAGCUAAGAACUACUAUCUCAGAUGCUUAUAACCUCCUAUGCCAACAUGAAGCUGGUCGACUAUUGUGUCCAUUGUGCACUAAGCGCAACUGGGCCCAGUUGGACAAUGAUCUAUGGCGUCUAGAGAAGUGGCUGCAGGUCGCAGAAGGUACUUUAAAAUCGCUUAAAAACCUGCCGUCAAAUAUUGAGCAGUUGGAGGACAUCAUUCAAGAUCACCAUGAAUUUUUACUCGAUUUAGACAGUCAUAAGAGCAUUAUAAGGUCACUGAAUAUCGUGGGAACACAUUUAGCAGACCACUCUGAGGAUUCUGCUAAAGGUGAGGAGCUGAGAUCUAGGCUAGAAAGUAACAACAGAAGAUGGGAUACCAUAUGUAGAACAGCUACCAAUUGGCAAAUCCAAUUGCAGAAAGCUCUCAUGGACAAUCAACAAUUUCACAACAUCAUUGCCGAACUGUGCAUUUGGCUAGAGCGGAACGAGCGUAAAAUUCGCGCUUCAGAACCGGUAGAUCUUACAGCGUCAAUCGAAACCAUCGAAGCGAAAUUCCAAAACUUCCUCGAGCUCAGAGCAGAACUGGAGAGAUGCGAACCACGCGUUUUGAGCCUCCAAGAGGCCGCCAACCAGUUACUCCGCGAAGACGACGCUCCAGAAGGUUCGUCCGUGAUUUGUCGGCGACUGACAGAGUUGAGGCUUAAACUUCAAUCAUUAAUAAGACUGACAGUUGUAUAUACGUUGAAAUUGGGAGCAGUAUUAGGUCGAGAUCCUAACGAAAUAGGCAUGGCUAUGGUAGCCAGUUCGAAUACAGGUUCUCCGUUGCAAGCCAUUAACUACGAUCUUUUGGACCAAGCCAGCGGGGACCAUCCAUCGACAUCGGCACAGGGCGAUGACGCUUCCAAUGGCACUGCAGAUGACUCGCAGAUUAACACGUCUGUCUUAAGACGCGGAUACCGUUUCUUGGGUAGAGUCGUCCGAGCGUCUGUACCAAUUCAAGCUUUGAUGUUAUUACUACUUGGAGCCGCUUCAUUGGUUCCCUUUAAUGAAGAUGAUUACUCUUGUUCUCUAGUAAACUCAAUAGCUAACAGUCUAACUCCGACACUGAGGUACAACGACGGGUCGCCCCCGAUUUAAAAUACUCAAUAACACCCUCUAGUUUGUAGUCCAGAAUUCAUUCCAUUUUUUUACAAAAAAUUGAAAUUUUGUUACAAGAUUACCCGCUCUAAUUUAACGAUCGUUUGAAUCCUUUUGUACUUUUGUUACUUAAUAAGUUGUAAGUUUUUUUAUUGUAAAUAAUGUGACUUAGGACUUGUACUAAAAUAUCAUGGCAGCUUUGAUCAUGGUAUAUACCUAUAAAACUAGCUACGCCUACAACAAAUGAGACGCUUUAUUAUGUGACAAAGCUGUUUAGUCAAAUGUGAUGCCCAAAAUAGACUGUCUCAAUGUAUCCAUAUAUUUACGGCAAGAAGGAAUGUAAAUUUAUAUUACUUGUAUAUUGGGAAUAGUGCACAAAUAAGUUUAAUAUAUAUUUUAUAUCGUUGUUUUAUAGUUAUGCAGGAUGGUUGUGUAACCGAGAGAUUUUAAUUUCUAAAUUAAAAGUGUGGAACACUUUCGUUAUAUAUUUUCCUGUAUUUAUCCGCCCAAUAAAAUUGACAGACAAUUGCGCUGGAUGAUCUCUCCACAGACAGUGCAGUGUGUUCCUCCAAUGCGAC